CCGCGGCCUUUCGUUCGUUUACGGCCAACCCCAUAACCACUCCAUUCUUUUGCUUGUUCCCGCCUCCAUACGGCCCUAGCUCCGCCUCCUAAAUUUGCAUUCGCCGAGGGCUGCCAUUGAAGGAGAGCGGCAACUCUCGUACGCAUGCGUACUGCGUUUAUCUUAGUUGUUUAACAACAACGCGAGCGGGACUAAGCGCGAACUUGCGCGGGGUUGAGGUAGAGCGAGAGAGGCUGAAGUAGGAAAAGAACUUCCGGCGGCCAGAGGUGGUGGAGGAGAAUACACGCAUGCGCGUGAGCCGAUGAGUGAGUUAGUCAGGCACCCUCCCCCCUCCUGCUACAGAGUCAGUCAUCGUAGAAAGACUGUAGUCUCAGAGCCGAAAAAGGGAGGAGGGACGGUUUCCGGUAGAGAGGGAGGCGCAUGCGCGCGCCUGCGGGCACCCGGGGACUGGUCCCUCCAGAGCGAGGCUCAGUGUGUGCCGAGUGGAAAGUCGGGUUUCUCAGUCAGUUAGUCAGUCAGUGGAGAAGGGAGCGAGCCGGGGCUGCGGGCGGCCACGCAACUUCCGCUUCUUCACCCGUCACCGCAGCCCGAGACUAACUGACUGACUGACCGCCCGUGGGCGGCUGGGGAGGCAGAGUAAUAACCUGCAAGACUCGAGUGGCUGCGUUGUGUGAAGAGGAGGCGCCGCCGCCGCCGUUGUUGCUGCUGCUGCUGCUGUCUCCGCAGGCCCGGCCGGACCGGGACGGCGCCAGGCGAACGACCUGGGGGACGCGGCAGGAACCGGACCGGCACCCGUAGCCUGAGAGCGGCCGCGCCGAGCUCCAUGAAUGGAAAUCGGCAGCGCAGGUGAGGCGGAGGCGACGCCUGACGGGACGCUCCACUCCUUAGGAGCCGCUGGCAGCGCUUGGCGGGGGCUGGAUCUUGACACAAUAGGUGGACUCGGGGAGGGAAGUUUGGGGGAGGCGGUUGGGCGGCAGUUCCCGAAUAACUGACCUUGAAGUUACGGGGCUGGUGGCAAGUAUGUAGCUUGGGCUUCAUGGUGUCUGCCAUUUGGGUAUGGAGACAACCCGGGGCCCUGGGGUAUUUUCCUCAGAACUAAAAAUAAAAUAAAAUAUGCGGCUGAAACACAACUAACUGCACGAAGUAAAUGUCCUCUGUGGUCCAAAAUAUUGUUUACUGGUAAGUUCCACUUAACUGACUGAAGUUGAGCUUAUUCCUAAGUGCAUGUAGGGUUGUAGCUUGAGGACCAAUCCUAUACUCUUGAGAUGUCUAUAAAAUCAAUAGUUGGAUAGGACCGACGUGUCAGGCUGUGUGUGUGUAGGAGCUUGUAGGUAGGUGGACCUAUGGAGAAGCUUAGGGAAGUGUGGGUCUGAAAUCUUGAACAGAAUAUGGGGGGACUGGUGUAGGUGUUUUUGCUUCAGCAGAGUGGUCCUCCCAAGGUGCUUGUGGGGCAAUUCGGACCCUGAAUAUUUUAUAUGUAGCCGUGGAGCAAGUGGCUUGAUUAUCAUUGCCAUUGGAGUAGAAACUUGGAAUAAUUGUGAGGUAAAUGUGCUUCUGAUUUGCAGUAGUUACUAUAUAAAAGCACAUGUUUGCUUUGGUGAUUUAUCUAUGCUAAAAAAUUAUUAGCUUCUUGUAACCUAUGGGUUACCUGAAAAAUCAAGAAAUGCAUGACAUAACUGAUCUUGAGAAUGCAGUUUUUCUUAAAUAGUAUUUUCCCCCUGUGUAUUUGUGCUUGACCUCAGGUGAACCCUGGUAUGGGUGACAGGUAGAUGUGGUAGACAUGUAUAGCUUGUCUAGACAUCAAUAUUAAAUUCAGAAAGUUGCUUAAAUUUUGCAGAAUAUUUGUAAAUCCUACUUGUCCACUUGAAAUGAUUUUGGGUGAAUCAGUGGCUGAACUGAAAGAAAGGACGCUUCCUGAAAGUUUGGGAGUCAUUUGAAUAGCUAACUGCCUUGAGAUAUUUGCUUUUGUGGAUUCUCAAGUGGGAGGGAUUCCUGUUUUUUCACAAUCAUUUCUUUAAGUUUGUUUAUAAACAUAAGCAGCUGUGUGGGUUUUUGUUUGUUUUUGUUUUACCAAGCCAUUAUUGAAAGAGUGAUUUAAUUUUUAAAAAUAUGGACACGUGUUUGAAUAAGUGUUUAAGCAAUACUAGCAUUGGAUCCUAUAUGGCCUGAGGGCAUAUGAAACAAGCAUUCCUGGUCGGUGCCAUAUAUGUCAUUUUUAGUACUGUGACAGAAUAAAAGUAGGAUUUAAUGUACUAAAUAAAUAGCUACUUGUGUCUGAAAAUAUUUGUGUUGCAAGUUAAAUUCAUUGGUUGGUUAGAUCAUACACACACCAAAACAAAAAUUUUCUUUUCACAAUUUUAGCAACGUGACAGCUAAAAUCAGUUGCAGAACCCCCCCCCCCAAAAAAACCUGCACUAACAUGUAACUUUGUAUCUCUAGAGCUGCUUCACAAUUUAUAACUGGAGCCUGAAGUUUUUACUGACAGUGUUGACCAAUGAAUGCAAAUACUUGGAUUUUCAUGUUACAAUGUUAAAUGAUAGCCACAGCAUUUGUUUUCUUGACAGUUUUGGAUUCCUCCAUUUUAGAUUUCUAGCUGUUAAAUGCUACUAGCUUUAAUACCAUUCUUUCAGAUAGGGUGCUUUGAUCCACAACUUUAGGAGCUAAAUUAUUUUGAAAUAAAAGUUUUACUAGCUUGAUAUGGCACAUAUCUAAGAAAGCCUUAGCACUCAGGUGGAAAAUCGUAAUGCCAUUUGAUACAAAGAUAUAUAAAGGUGUGUUGCUUUGUAACUUUGGGUUCAAGCAUUAAAGGGGAAAAAUAAGUGUGUGCUAUAUGCCUAAUACAGAGAUAGACAACUUAAUAAGUUUUUGCUGGUUUCUUCCACUUUGCAGGAUACUGCUGAGUAACACUUUUAGAAUUUGUUUGGCUUCCUAAUGAAGAAUAGUGAUCUAAUUGUUGUCUGUAUGCCAUAUGUUAGACUUAGUGAUAUGUACAUUCCUUAUAUCCCUUCUUACUGUACAAAAAAUUCCUCUUAUGAUUUUUAAUGUGGAGAAUUGAACAUUAUUAAUCCUGGAAAGAAUAUAUUAGUAUAAUUGCAGAACUGUGUGUGCCUGUGUGUACUGAAAAAAUCAGGAAACAUUUGGCUCUUUAAGUCUGUGAUUUUAAGCUUGUUUAGAAGUAUCUUCAUUAAAACCAGAGAUUAGGUUCUAAGUAAACAUGGCUAAAAUAAUGACUGCAAAUCUUAAAUUCUGCAAGCCUCAACUAGUUUAUCUGCCAGUUGCACCCUCCCAAAAACUACUGUUAUUUUCCUCUAACUUUCAUAUGGUUAAUAAUAAUAGCAUUAAUACUAUAUCGUACCUUGUAUACAGAGUCAAAGUCAUGUGGGAUUUCCCCCCAAAGUUUCAUUUCUGAACCAUUUUCUUACAAUUCCUUUCAAGUUCUCACUGCUUUCAUUCUCUCUGUACGUUGGGGAAAUUCCAUUAACAUUUGUUUUCUAGAGAGGCGUACAUUACUGUUUGAUGGACAUAGUAGCAGUGAUGGCUAUAUGCUACCUCUAGGGUCAAAGACAGCAUGCCUCUGAAAACAAACCUGUGACUAUAGAGCAAUAGUAGGAGAGGAUGCCUGUGGGCUUCCCAGUGACUUCUGGUUGUUCAUUAUGGGAAACAGGAUGCUAGAUUAGAUGGAUGACUUGAUCUAGCAGGGGUGGUCUUAUUCUCUUAUACCUUGCAGGUAGCCUUUCUUUAAUUUUGUCAUAAUUGGAUAUUCAAUUCCAAUAUGUCAUUAUAAAAGCACUAGAACACAAUAAAUGGUGUAUGGGUUUGCUCUACCUGCUCCUCUCCAUCCAAUUCCUUUUUCUCUUGUGUCUGUUUUUAGAUUGUAAUCCUAGUCAGGGACUCUUUUAUGAAUGUCAUUUGUAAUUGUAAGCCACUCUGGGAGCAUUUUUUUGGUUGGCGAGUAUGACAAAAAUGCUAUGAAUAAGUAAUUUAAGAGGUCAGUAAAUACUGAGGUGAGUGGGACUAAUGUUUCUGAUUUCUGAAUAAAGUUUGGUUUUAUUAUGCAUAGUUUUGACAUAAGGUUGAUAAUAUUCUUAUCCAAAUAAUGGAUGCACUGUGAAGGUGAGCUUUGUGGUGCUUAAUUCACCCCACCCCCAAAAUAACCUUGGCAAUAAAGUCAGAGGAUCUAAAGUCUCUGGAAGUUUUGACUGUCACAGGAGGAAGAUAAAAAGAUAAAGCUACUCAGGCAGCUAGGGGCUCUUAGUAAAAAAUAUUUAAUUGGUGUUUAACAUGUUUGUAGGUGUAGCUGAGGAUAGUUUGCAAAGCAGAGUUCUGCAUUUAGCUUUCUUGGGAGUUCUGUGAGUCACUGGUAUAAUUGAUCAUCUAUGUUAAACCUACAUCUUAAUUAACUUCAUUCUAAUGGUCUGAAUAGCUUCAGAGAAAAAUGUUUUAUCAACCUUUGGAAAAGAGCUACAAAAUAUUCAUUAUGUGCAUCUGGAAAUGCAGCAGUUACAAGAAAACUAAGUUAGAGCAUAAGGGACAGGUUUGGAGAUCUCUUCCUUCAGCCUUAGGAACUCAGCUGUCAGCUCCCUGUUUCUGAGUAUGCAGUGUUUAUGUUCAGAAUUGCUGGCUGCCUAAAGGAUGCUAUAAAAUUUGAGAUUUUACUCUGGCAUCAGGUAUAGAGAUAAGAAGGAACAUGUCACUUGCGGCAUGGGUAGCACAUUCAAAUUUAAUGCUGGUGAGGUCAAAGUCCUUCAUUAGGUCUAUGAAAAAGAUGUAUGAGGUGCAUCGCUGCUCUCAACUUUUCUCCUGCAGUUUUCACACUGAGAGAAGCAUGUCACACUGAGAGAAGCAUGUCAACUGUCUCUAAAUUCUAAAGGCUCAUUGUGACUCUGGAAAAUUGUUGGGUGUGUUGUAACUCUGUUUAAGGCAAAUAGCUGGCGAGAUUGACAUAUAUGUUAUGGUAGAUACAAGAUUUUUACUUAUCUGCUAGACUGUACUGUUACACGUCUUACUCUGAAGUAUUUUCCCAUAAGCGUGUGCACAAUAAUUUUGCACAUGUGGGUGGGGAGACACCAUAGAUCUUCUGCCAAGCAAGCAGAGGUUGGGCUUCCCCCUUUACUUGAGGAGAUAUAUACAGCUGACCUUUUAGUCAUUUGGUGGUAUUUUUUGUUUGUUUAAUUAUAUGUCAACUAAUCUUGAGGUUGUUUAUUAUAUUAUUAUUAUUAUUAUUAUUUCCUGCCUUUCUUAAGAACAUAAGAGCAUAACUGAAUCAAAACAAAGGCCCAUCUAGUCUAGCAUUCUGUUCUCCCUGUGGCCAAUCAGAUGCCUAUCAGAAAUCCACAAGCAUAACAUGAGUAUAAGUGAACUUUUCCAUUGAACCUACUGCCCCAAUUCUGAGGGUAGUCCAUAGUUAUUGUGACUAGUCACCAUUGACUACCUUAUGAUCCAUUAACUGGGCAAUUCAUUUUUUAACCCUUCUAAGUUUGUGGUCUUUACUUCAUCUUGUGGUAGCAAAUUCCACAGUUUAACAAUGUGUUGUGUAAAGGAAUCCUGCCUUUUGUCUGUCCUGAAUCCUCCAAACUUCAGCUUUGUUGGAUGACUUUUCUUUCCCCUUCCUCCACAUCAUGCAUAAUUUUUAUAAACCUUUAUUGUGCCCCCCACUUAAUCACUUUUUUCUGACCUUCAAUGUCCCAAACAUUGUUAUCUUACCUCAUAAGGGAGUUGCCCCUUGAUCAUUUUGGUUGCCCUUUUCUGGCUCUGCAACAUCAUUUUUUGAAGUGUGGCCACCAAAACUGUACGUAGUACUCCAAGUAUGGUUGUACCAGAGUUUGUGUAAUGGUAUUAUGAUAAUGGCAGUUUCAUUUUCAGUCAUUUUCUUGUGGGAUGCUACACACUGCAUCUUCGAAGAUGAAAUUCCAGGUGGCAUACAUAGGUUUUUCAAGCCAUCUCCCAUCUAAGACUGAACAUAUAUAUUCAACUUUAGCAAGGUUACUGCUUCCUGUGCCUUCAGUCCAAAUGUCUUUCUUCGUUAAAAUUUGUAAACAUAUUAAGCUAAUUUUCAUAAAUGUUACUUCUUUUUUAAUACCACCAGCAGGCUGAGCACACUUAAUAUACAAACAGUUGUAAAAUCAUUUGAAAACAGCAAUUGGCAGGCAUGCUUGAGGGAUAUUCAGUGUUCAGGUAAAUCCUUUGAUAACAUAUCUUCCUUGUUUUGAACAUUUUGAAAUUCAUAUUUAAAAAAGCAGCCAUAGGACAGGCUUCAGUGCCCAAAAUUCACCAGGUGCAUUUUGAGACUGGUGUGGGUCCAGUUGCGACCACAUGGACAUCUGUGGAUGCCAGGUUGGGAUUUGGCAUCUCCAUCUGGCUGACCUCUCUAGCUUUCUUAAGCAAGUACUGUAAGCAUUUACCGUAUAUCCCACCUUUUUCUCCAAGGAGUACAUGGUUCACCCCCCUCCUUAGUUUAUUCCUACAAAAACCUUGUGAAAUAGGUUAAAAGGCUGUGACUGACCCAAGGUCACCCCGUGAGCUUCAUGACUGAGUGGGGAUUUCAACCCCUAGGUUCUGGAUUGACACUCUAACCACUAUAGCACACUAACUAUAGGUAAUCCACUUGGAUUAGCAAGGUGGAUCAGACCUGGCAAAGCAAAAUGUCACUUAGGAAGGAUCUGAAAGAUUUUCCUUGAAGCUUGAAUUUGUUUUAUUCUGGAUUGUUUUAUUUGAUGCUUUAAUGUAUUGUAAACUGCUUUGAGAUUUUUUUCUUUAAGAUAUAAAGUGGUAUCAAAAUGAAAUAACUAACUAACAAACAACAACAAAAUUUCAUUGCCAAAAAGGUGCUUAGACAUUCCAUUGUGGUGACCGAAGUUUAAGGUGCCAUUUGGUGAUUAGCUUCUGUAUCUGAGAUUCUUUUUUAAAUGAUAUUUUAUUAAGACUUCAUAAUACAAUAAAAAGAAACUAAUCUAGACAAAAAGGGGAGAGAAAAAACAAAGGGAAAGAAAAAUGCAAAGACUUAUCUUAUGUAUCUGAGUUUCUAACACUGACAGGCUUGUCUAAACUGUGGAUGAAUAGGGUUUUUGCAGCACUGUAUCCCCUUGACACAUAUAUCUAAGUGAUGCACAGAAGUACCACGUAAAUAUUCUCUCCAAACCUUUAAUGUGCUUAUUGUGGUUCUGGACUGUGACAUGUUUUCACAUAAAAUCAGAUACUGUUAUACAUUUUCAAAAAGUUUGUUUGAGACCAGUGACUGGUGGCAAUAGAUGAAAUGUAACAACAACAACAACAACAACAACAACAACAACAACAACGACUUUAUUUGCGUAGCCAACAGGCUUGGUCAGAAAUAUAUUUCUUCAUGGCAGCACACUGCACAUGCCUCAUUGGAAACACAUCCAGUUUUAAAAAUCUAAUAGUUUUCAUUGGAUCUGCAUGCAUUGAGAGGGAAGGUUUAAUCCUUCGUCGCCAACUGUGACACUGACAAAGGUAAUCCCCCACCCCUGCACUACUAUCAACAUUAGUGGGGAGAAACUCCCAUUGGUGCCAGUGAGAGAUUUUCUUCUCAAAAGCUAAUGGCAGUGUAGGAGAGAUGAUUCAUCAGGAUUUUGAUGUAAGGGUUAAACCACUCUUCUCUUAUGCUGCAGUCCCAGUGAAAAGCGUGCCUUUGUCAACCUUCCCCCCCCCAAAAAAAGCCCAAACUCUGUCAUGCAUGCAAGAUACCCAUUUAACAUCCUGUUUGAUGUUUGCAGUUUGGUACUGUAGUCUUAAAAUGUAUGUGGAUGAUUCAACUAACAGGGUGCUGCUAGUUUCAAGCAUACAUCUGUGUGCUUGUGGGAUAUGAUUCGAGUAACUUUGUUAUGCAGGUUGAUCAGGAACUGAGGUUGGACAGAUUUCUAGCACUUCGUGUUAUUGCUUAGAUAUGCUGCCUUUUGUUAACUCGAGUUCUAGAAGUUAGUCCAGUACUCAAAGAUGAUUGAAUUCUACCUAUUGUAGUAAGGCAGGGUUUUCCAUUCUGUAAUCACUGUCUUUAGCACACAUCAGGAUUCUAGCCUCCUUACCCACAUAUAGCAUAACACCACCCAAAUUGUGUGUUAGUAGUAGAAAAUGUAGGUGGGCCAGAAAUUGUAGGUUUAAAAGUUCCUGGAAUCAAGAAAUAUUGUUGCAAACUAGAAAGCUCAAGCAAGUUUACCACAUGGUACAGGGAAGGGAAAUUUCUUGGGUUCUUAGUUGACUUGACCUGAAAGAAAACUCAGUUUUAGGGAUUGGAUGGACAAAGUUUGGAAGAUCAUCAUGGUUCAUAAACUGACUUGACAGAUAUGAGCUAACCAAUAAACUAAAGCUCAAGCAAACUAAUGCACAUGUUUUGCUACCUGCUUAGGUUUUUUUUCUCGGCUCAUAAUUGAUUCUCAACAUAGGAACACAAUACCUGAUCAUAAUACAUGUAUUUCUUCUUUGUAGCAUUUGCAGUCAGUACUCACCACCACUUUGUUGAGUGAUAAAUACAUACAUUAAAUUCUAACCUUUAUAGUCUUAUUGCUAUGUUCAUACUUAAACUCUGGUCUGAAAGAAAUGAACCAGUUAAGUUCAGUAUUAAUAUUCUGUUCUCUCCUUUCUUAUAAUAAUAUGUAGGCAGUUAACUCUUCAAUGGUUUGUUUUACUUUCAUUUUGUAUAUUUGAAAAGCCUUUAAUAAAUGUAAUAUACAGUGAGACCAGACUUCUGCAUGCAUAAUGGAGCUUCCCUUCUCUGACUUCUGACAGGUACCCCAAAUCUGCUUCAGACAGUUGAGGACCCUCCAAAACAGAUUUAGGGGAUCACAGACUGUAAGGUAGAGGAGAGAGGAUGGAAUUCCCUGCAUGCAGCACUGAAUAUGGGCUUUUUAAAAAAGCAAUAUUUUCUGAUCCUAGGCAAGGAAAAGGACACAAAAUCUGUUCACUCUGCCUUUCUGAAUAGGGUAAUCACUUAGCCUGUAGAACAACUCCAUCCCACUCAACUUUCCAGCCCCUAGGAAAAGGCGUAGUAGUGAGAAACCAAGAUUUGCUAUUUGUAUAAGAACUUGGCUUGGGAAUACUUCUGUGUUUGCAGUGUAAUUUAUUUACUUAAAAUUCUAUGCUACCCAUUAACAAAAGGUCUGUGGAUAGUUCUCACACAAGUUAAAACUGAAGUAGAAAAUGGAGAAGUGUAAAAAGAACUUUGACGUAAAUGUUGAGCAGCUAAAACAGCAUCAGAAUAAAACCAUCAACACAAAACAAUUGUUUCACAGAACUUAAGUCUUCAUCUGGUGCCAAAAAGAUCACAUUGUAGGUAUAGGUGAGCCUUUCUGUGGUGGACAUUCCUCAACCAAGGUGUCACCGCUAAAAAGUGGCACUGGUGACCACCCACCUCACAUCAUUUUGCAGUGAUACCUGGAGAAGGGUCUUUUAAGAUAUUGGUGUCAGUCCACUUGUGCAAUGGGAGUUUCCUUUUCUCUCCUACCCUCCCUCCCUCAGUCUCAAAAUCUGCUCUGGGUGAACCUCUGGAGUAAAUGGAGGGUAUGUAGAACUGUAAUGAGGUAAGAGAGGAAGGGGAAGUCUAGUUGCAUCUGCUGGUGUAACAUUCAAUAUCACCUGAUCUUAGGGUCUCGGCAGUUAUAAUAUGGGGAGACAAUAAUUUAGGUAAUGUAUUAUAAACACAAUCCAUAUUGUAGCAAAUGUGGCUUGUAUCACUUUAUUUCUUUAUAUUUGAAAACUUUUCAAUAAAAUAUUAAUACCAAAAAGAGAUAAAUGUGUCUAAUUACCUAUAUAGUUGUUUGACUUGCUUGAUUUUUGUUAUGUUCAUACCUUUUGGAGGCCUUGGCGGUUAGGAUAUGUGAUGAGGUUGGUGUAUAAAACAAGUCACUUUGAAAUGUUUGCUAAGCAAUUUUCAUAUGUGAUAUGAAUCUGGUCUUUUAAUAUAUGUGUCUUGUUUUUCUUGUGUUUUGUGAAAGCUUUUUCCAAUACAGAGCAGCUUGUAUAUAGCCCCUGAAACAGUGGACAGGGCAGAUUUUAGUGUAGGUAAAAAGAAACAUGAUGCUAUUUUAUCUAUGAUUUGCUUUUCUCCACAUACAAGAGAUAAAUUAACAGCUGAUGUUAGAAGGUGGGAAUAUACACAAUUUCUGUCAAUGAGUAGGUGUGAAAAAAGGCGGGGUCAUUUUUGAGUUUGUCAUAUCUACAUAUAAUGACAUUUGUUGGUUGACUCAUUCCAAUAGCUCCAAAUGAGUUUCCAGUAUUUAUCUUUUUGAAUAUGUUUCUUUUUAUUUGAGACAGUGUUAGUAAAAUGAGAAGUGAAAAUAUUACUUCCUGUACAGGGAAUUUCUACAGAAAAUGCUAAAAACGGAAGAAGUAAUGUUGCUGCCUGCAUAGCUAGAUAUGCCUGAAUGCACCUCUUGAAAAUGCAUCCUCCUUCUGUUUUGGUAGUAUUGGCUUUCUAUUAAAUACUUAAGCUACUGAAGCUGAUUGCUGUGAGUAGUGAAACUUCUAAUUGUCUCAGUAGAUAUGGUUCACUUCUGGUUUCACUGUCUUUCUUUUUUUAAAAAAUUUUUUUUUAUUCAAAGUUAUAACAAAACAUAUUUUCCAAAAACAUAUCCUUACCCCCCCCCAUUUUUCCUCCCCCCACAAAACCCCCCCACCUCACCCCCCAACUUCCCUCAGUUCCAGUCUUUGGUUUCUCCAAUAAUCCUGUUUUCUGCAUGUUACAGAGUUGUAUAGAUCCUCCAACUGUUUAGCUAAUUAUUAUCAGUAAAAAAUUGUGGAUGUUUAUUCAAAACCUGCCAAGGAGUCCAGUUCACUUUGUUGCGUCUUCAAAUACUUUGUGAAAGGUUCCCAUUCAUCCUUAAAGUCACAGUUAUCCUUGUCCCGUAGCUUAUAUGUCAAUUUUGCCAGUUCUGCAUAAUCCAUCAAUUUUUCUUGCCAUGAUUCUUUAGUUGGGAUUUCUUCAGUCUUCCAUCCUUGUGCUACCAGAACUCUCGUGGCUGUUGUCGCAUACAUGAAGAUGUUUUUCAACUUUUUUGGCAGGUCUUUCCCUACAAUCCCCAACAAAAAUGCCUCGGGUUUUUAAACAAAUGUUAAAUGGUUUCACUGUCUUUCAGCCCCAUCUUCAGUUUUGCUAAUCAUUGUAUGAUCUUUUUUAAAAAAAAACUUGUGCUUCAAAAACAUAGGAACUAAUUAGAAUGUGGUUCAUUACGUAGGGAUAGACAGUUAGCUCUCAUUUGGUGGGUUGAAUACAAUGGUACCAUUCCAUGAACUGAAUGAGUUCUCCAGUAAUGGAAACUCAGGAUUCAGCAGAGGCUCCUGCUCACAAAAUGGUGGUGGCGGAGAGGUGAUUUUUGCCAAUUCUUGCUUGCAUGCUGUUCUAGAGGGUUUCCUGCUACUUCAGAGCUGAUUUGGAGGAGCAGCAAGGCAGGGGGGCGGGGGGAAUUGAUAAAUCACCUCUUCAGUUCCAUAAGCAGGAGCCUCUUUUGGAUCCAAGGCUCCUCUGUGAAUGAAAUCUCUUUUUCUCUCUUUUUUGCAAUGCCAUAUUGCCAAAAGAUAAAUUUGUUUAUUUACACAUAUUACAGUGUGAAAGCCCUCUACUAAGGGGGAAACAGUGUCUGCGCCUUUGUGCUGAAAGCUAAUGGCUUAGCAAAAGGGUAGCUUAAACCAGUGGUCUUUACCCUUUUAGGGUGAGGACCCCUACUUCCUUUAUCCCAAACAUGCAUUUGAGAGCCUACUUGGUAAUGUUUUGCUAUAUCUUUGAAUAGUGUUAGUGCUGAAACCCACCUUAGGUCAACCUGAGACCUUGCAGUGGGUUCCAACUCACUGGUUGAAGGCUGGUGGCCUACCAAGGCACUUUCUGGAAAUCCUUUGCUCCAGGAAGCUGAACUGAGGCUUUCCCUCUAACAUGGGGGUUGUGAUGUUGGGCUGUUCUCUUUAAAUAGAGGACUCUUCUGCUAAAGUUGGCAUACUUUUCUUUAUAUUUUAUUCAAAUAAUUUUUUAAAAUAAAACACUUUUAAGAAGCUAAGGAAAUUUGGAAUGAACUUUGGAAACUUUAGCUUUCUGAAAGUUUGGGUAGGUCUGAGGAUAGUGAUGAGUGUGGAAAAUAUGAAGAGGGUGAAAGGGAAACUGGUGGAAUAUUAGCUUUCUCACCUUGGCAUAUUGAUCAUGCUGGCAAGGAACAAGCGCAGAGGGAUUUCAGGAAAUGUUAAUUAGAUGCAUUAAAUGCAGCAUUUAUAAUAGUAGUAAGAAAGUUCAGCAACCUUUCGUCAGGCACUGAUUGGACCAUACUGGAGAAUACUCUGUUAACAACUGGCCAUCUAUAUCUGAGAAGGAUGAAUUCAUACUAAAAACUGAUGUAAAGAACAAGAUUAUUACAGAAAUGGAUGGAACUAGUCCAGGCAUAGGCAAACUUGGCCCUCCAGAUGUUUUGGGACUACUCCCUCAUCCCUGACCACUGGUCCUGUUAGCUAGGGAUGGUGGGAGUUGUAGUCCCAAAACAUCUGGAGGGCCAAGUCUGCCUAUGCCUGAACUAGUUCAAAUUCUAUUAUAUGUUCCUCACAAGCGCCAUUGUGAGAGGGAGGAAUGAUUGUGGGUCCUCCCAGGUGACAGCUCCAUAAAUGAGGAGUAUGUCAUUUUGCCCCAUCUUUCAGUGUGAGCUUAAGUUAGGGAGACAGUUGAAACGAGAGUGCUGCUGCUACCUUGUAUAUUUGCAUGUAUAUUUGAUGGGUAGAUCUGGUUGUCUCUGCUGCAUAUUGGAUCUGCUAGAAGUUGUUAUGGUACCCAUAAAGGUAAAGGUAAAAGACCCCUGGAUGGUUAAGUCCGGUCAAAUUCAACUAUGGGGUGCGGCGCUCAUCUCUGCUUUCAAGCCGAGGUACCCAUAUUUCAUUUUAGUAUAUAAUGAUUUUUAAGAGGCUAUCUUAUUUAAUAAUUGUUUCCUGCUCUAAAAAUACAGAUUUUUAAUUGCAUUUUUGCUGAUACUUUUAUGAAGUUGCAAACAGCUCUUUUCUUUUGACUUAUGGAGUGGUAUAUAAAAUCCUUAGAGUUACUUGGCCUGUUUGGCUUCAGUGAAGGAAAUAGAGGUACGGUAUAUAAGUAGUUGCAGAAAUGUAUUGGAAUUAUUUAAAGGGCAUAGAGAUAGUUGUAUUACAGAAGAUUGAAGGCAGUGGAACUAAUAGCCACCACAUUUUACAUGAGGUUUCAAACUGCUAAAUCAGUGGUAAGAAAGAGGGCCUUCUCAGUAGUGGCACCCACCCUAUGGAACGCCCUCCCAUCAGAUGUCAAGUAAAUAAGCAACUACUGUAUUUGACUUUUAGAAGACAUCUGAAGGCCGCCCUUCAGGGGAAAAACUUCAAGGGAAGUUUUUAAAUGUUUGAUGUUUUAUCUUGUUUUUAAUACUCUGUUGUAAGCCGCCCAGAGUGGCUGGGGAGGCCAAGCCAGAUGGGAGAGCAUAAGUAAUAAAUUAUUAUUAUUAUUAUUAUUAUUAUUAUUAAUUCUCAAAGGGUGUGGUGUGUGGCAGGAGAGGAUGGUAAGUGUGGAAGGAAGAUUCAGAGACAAUCAACAAAACAUUUAAACAAUUCAGUGUAGUAUAGCGUAGUAUCAAAACAUUUUUUUAAUUUUCAGAAUAUGGAUAGAUACCUUUUCAAAAUGAGAGCAAGACAUCAAGUGAUACUGAGGACAAAUCCUAGCUGUGAUCCAGAAUCACUGUUCAAACAGAGUGCUGGAGAAUAACAUUGACUAUUCUUCUACAGUUCUCCAUGACAUACUGUUGUCAACAGGAAUUUUUAACUCUGACAAAUAUGAAAGAUCAGAAAAGAGAAAGGCUUAUUUGUGUUGAUGAGGAGAUGAAAGUUUGUUUGUCUCAAAUUAGACCUAAUAUAAAUGAGAUUACCAGGCACAAGCAAGCUCACACCUCUCACUGAGUUUGUAUGCAUGCUUAAGGUUUGCCUGAUCACAGAAGAAAACUUUCCUUUAGGUAAGGUUGGUUAGGUACUAUGUGUGGGUACUAGCAUUUUUGUGUGUUGGUUGGCUUGAUUCCUUGAAUAAUUAUUUCUUUGCUCUGCAAGCACAUUCUCUCUGCUAAUGGCAUAGCUUGGUUUGAAUUGAGCGGAUCUGUGGCAGGGUCUGAGUACUUGGUUCUGCAAAGGGGUCAGAUUAGGUGAUAUUUUGGGCAGGUUACCAAUGUUACAUGCUUCUGAGUCUCAGCAAGCUUUUUCUGUAGCCUUUUUAGUAACUACUUUCCCCCCCAGGGUCUCCUAGGGUAAACAUGUUUAAAUACAUUUAAUUAAUGUGUCUGCUACAUAUUUCACAUUUGAAACUCUAAACUAUAUGUUAUAUUUAUUUGACAGGACCCGUUGGGGCUCAGCCCCUGCUGAUGGUGCCCAGACGACCUGGCUAUGGCACUAUGGGCAAACCCAUUAAACUGCUGGCCAACUGCUUCCAAGUUGAAAUCCCAAAGAUUGACGUCUACCUCUAUGAGGUAGAUAUUAAGCCAGAUAAGUGUCCUCGGAGGGUGAACAGGUAAGUCAGGGUGUUUAAUAUUAAUACAUCAAGCAGAUGUUUAGGCAGUACUUGAUGAAAUUGGAUGUUGGAUGUUUUUGUAAGACUAUAGCUGCUUUAACAGCUGGGACUAAUCAGACAGCCUUGUUUGAGCAAAAUAUGUUUGCUCUAGUUUCCCUAGGUAUUUUGCAUGGUUGCUGCCCAGAGCACUGUUUUAAUCUGUAUCACAAUACAGAGCGCAUGUGAAUGUUCGUACAAGAUACGGAGCAAACGAGGACCAUCUGUAGACUGAACAUGCCUUCUUUUAUAUUGGCACUCUAAACCUGGAAAAUAGCAGAAUUAAGAAUUGUUUUUGAAAACUGUCUUUCUUUAGUAAAUGGGCUAGUGUGUUUAGAGGCAAGUAUUUUAUUUGUGUUAGGAAUCACUAGGACAUUAAGUAUUCAGGGAGUAAAUGAGAAAACAUCACAUUCAACCAGGAAUUAAAAACAACUUUUAAAGUUAGCAUUUGUUUGAAAAGAAUUUGAUUCCAUCUUUUCUGAUAACACCCUUUGUACAGCUGAAGUUCUACAAGUGGUCUCAUGUCUUUAUGAUAUUUUCCUUUUGCUGUAGGAACUGUUUGCUUAUUUGUGUGAUGGGGUCAAUUGCAUUCCUUGGUGGGCUGCUUAAUUUCUCAGUGGAAAUGCUUGCUUCAGUUCCAGCAGGCAGAACAAGAAUUCUGCCAAUCCCAGUUUUGAUUUGUAUUGGUUCUGUUUAUGAUGUGAAAUAAGGCUUUACAAGCAAAUUAUAAUCUGUAGCUUGAAUGCACCACACUUAGCCAUUUGUAGAAGAAUGGCCUCGUGAUUAAUUAAAGCAGAUGCUAGUUAUAUUUAAUAAAACUAAAUUAAAAGCUGGGCUCUAAGACUUCUGUUCUGCCUCUUGUGAUGGACAGUCACACCUUCCCCCAAGAGUAGCUUAUGUUGAAAGUGCAGUUUGUAAAUGGCAUUAAUAUUGAGUAAUGUAGGCAGAGCUUUAUGACUUCUCUUAGUAAUAGUUCUUCUUUAGCUUUUAUUCUUGCAAUGAACAGUUUGCGGAGCUUUCUUUUGUUCCCAGAUCCCACCUGGCCAGUCCUCUGCAUGGUGAAGCCUUCCAGGCAAGAAAAGACAUUUAUCCAGCCUGAUGCUGUAGAGAAAUGGAAUGCAUAUUAAGAAAAAAUUAGUUUUAAUUGGUUUCAAAUAAUGCUUCAAUAUGCUUUUAACUAUUCAGAUGCUUGCAGUAGAGUGUCUGUGUGUGUGUGUGUGUGUGUGUGUGUGUGUGUUUAAUGCUAUUCUGAAAGUCUUUGCAUCCAAACAAGUGAGAACUCUUUCCUGGGCCAUUAGGUUAAAGAUGCUCACUAAAACGCUUGACAGACUGAUUUAACUUUAAAGAAAGUAACUGUCCAAAGUCCCCAGGAUCAAAUAGUUUUAAUACUGUACUAGAGCUUUGAGAUGUUGCUUUUAUUGAUAAGUCAUACUUGGGAAGCAAAUGUAAGCAUGUAAUUUACAGAAAAGGCAGAUUACUUCAACUCUAGCUCUAGUAGAUUCUGCAAUAUGCAGUUGGUGUGAACUCAUGCUUUUAUAACUGAAUGAUUUCAUACCUGCUGAGAAGUUUCAUCACCUAGUGUUUGUACAGUGUGGUGGUGGAUGGCUCCCAAGUUCUCAGAAUAACUUUAUUUUGCAUUUAAAUUUUUGUUUGCUAUGACCCUAUAAUGUUGCUGGAUGCUACUAUUCAAGUAUAUUCAAGAUAUCUGCUUUGACCUUCGGGUUAGCUAAUGUGCAGUGGGAAAUCAUAGUUUAUAAUGAAAUGAUUUUAGAAUGUUGUAUCAUUUUACUGUUGUUAGCUUCUCUGAGCCCGGCUUCGGCUGGGGAGGGUUGGAUAUAAAUAAAAAUUAUUAUUAUUAUUAUUAUUAUUAUUAUUAUUAUUAUUAUUAUUAUUACUACUACUAUUGAAGUAUUGUGUUCCAUUGCUGUGCACCUAGUCCUCUGAUACAUGCUUAUUCUAGAGCAGGGACAUCCAACUUUUUACACCAAGUGGGCCACAAGAGUACUUCAUCGUGGAACCUGUGGGCUGCAUACUGCUUUGUUGUGUGUGGGGGGUGGGGAGUGAGGCCAAAAUUUGAUGCCCGUGAGGUGCUGGGAUUAGUAUGGAGAUCACGUUGACGUGUUUUCCCUUUUAUGUGCUUAAUAUACUGUGUUUAUCUGUGAAAAGAAGAGACAAAAAUAUUUUAAACAGUCUAGCAUCCAGGCCUCUAGGAUUUAGCUGAGCUAGGACAGGGAAUGAGGAUAUUGUUGGUGCGCACCUGAUACGUAUUCCUAAGGAUGUCAAACUGAGUCUGGCUGGCCUUCAGGAAAUGAUAAUGAGGCAGAGCUACAGUAGCAUCUUGCUCUUGGUAGCAUCAAAUACAAUUUUACUGAAAGUGCCACAAGCCAUAUAGGUGCAACUCCUUGACUAAGAGCAGGUCUGAACACAGUCAUUGUGCAAUUGAGACAGCUCCAGAUGAUUUGAGGAGGAAAAUUAAGGCUAUACUCCACCAACACUAUUUGUUUUCACUAGACUUCCAUACCACCAGAUGCACAAUUUGUAUUUAAUUACAUUUUUAUACCACUUUCAGGCAAAAUUCUCCAGUUUGUAGUAGUAAAAUACAGUCAAGUAUGUAACUUAAACAGACAGUAACUCCAUAUACAGUGGUACCUCGGGUUACGUUACCUUCAGGUAACGUAAUUCAAGUUACGAACGCGGCAAACCCAGAAGUGUAUACUUCCGGGUUUCGCCACACGCACAGAAGCGCUCUUCGCGCGUGCGCAAAAGUGCUCUAUCGCACUGCGCGCUUGUGCAGAAGUGGCGCCUCCAGAUACUGACUUUUUGGGGUAAGUACGGACCCCCGGGACGAAUUAAGUUCGUAUCCGGAGGGUCCACUGUAUAGUAUAAAUAAGGAAAACUUUAAGAAACAAAACUUCAGCUUAAGUCCUAUCUCAAUAAAAUUGUUUUAGUUUUCCCACCUUGUAUUCUGAAUUCCCUUUUAACUCAGCUUCAUGAUGGUCCUAUCUGAUGUGUUGGUAAGUGGUUUGUUGAAAAGGGAGGCACCCAUGUGUCUAUUCCAGUCUUGGUGGAUCAAAGGCUACCUUUGGUGUAUUUCCCUUCAGCUUUUGUCCAUGCCCUGGUAACCUGGGUUGGAUUACUGCAAUACAUUCUAGGUGGAGCUGCCCAUGAGAUUGGCUGCAACUAGUGCAAAAUGCAGCAGCUUGACUACUCACAAUCACCACCAUGUCAUUCUGCUGCUAAAACAGUUGCAUUGCCUGCCAAUUAACUAUAAAGCUAAGUUCAUGGUGUUUGUUAUGUGCACAAAGCCCUAUAUAGUCUGGGACCAGGAUACCUCAGAGAUUGUUUCACCCUCAUAUACCCAAUUGAUUCUGUGCUUUGCAGAUCAUCUGUCUCAUGCAGAUAUAAUUUCAGCAAGAGGUCUGUUUCAUAUGCUAUAGGAAUCAGGUCUUUAGCAUGGUGGCACCUACCUUUGGAGCUUCCAUUACUUAUCAGACAUGCACUGUUCUAUUGUCUUUUCAGCAUCUGUUGCAGACCUUCCUCUUAAAUGCACUAGUCUUUUAAGUGGCUAAGCCAGUAUUGGAUUUGAAAUGGUUUGUAUAUAUGGAAUUGUUCUGAAUGGUUUUCAUCGAUGUUUCUACACAAAAAUUGCCGUGAAAUACUUUGUGGAAAGUUUACUAUAAAUGGAAUAACAUAAAUAAACAAAACUUUAUUGGCAGUACUGGUAGUGCAGAGAUGCGCCUUUGAAAACCUCAUUCCCACUGAGAAGCAUUCCCUAUGAUGUUUAGGGCCAUGUCACUUGCUACACAGAAACAAACUGUUGUUUAAGCCAUCAAAUAUAUACUCAACAUGAAACCACAGCCAAACUCAUGAAUCUGAUAUAUGUGCAUUCUCGAACACAUUCCCACUGUACCACGUUGUGUACCCUUACAAUCUUGAGGUAUCCACCUAAGACUACAUAAUGUGUGAAGAAAUCCUAAGGCUGGAAAAUAACUCAUCAUAAUAUUUUAUUUUUACUCUGCUCAUUGAGUAGGUUUUCCUAAGAUCAGUAAUAAAGCUAUAUAGGAAAAUAAGCAGAGGGGAGGGGGGAGAUCACCAACUUUUUGCCCUCAGUUCAAGUAUACAUAAAAACUUCAUUUGCUUUUUUUCACUGUGAUUGGGAAUUUCUUUGCAAUGAGAUGGGCAGUUUUUUCUUCUGUUAUUGCAUUAAACUUGGGAAGAAAGUUCAAUGCAACUUACUAUUUCUAUACGAAGACUUAUGUUUUCAGUGGCCUAAGACAACAGUGACUUUUAACAGGAUAAGAUGCAGCCACAAGGUCACUGUGUUGUAAUUGUUGCCAUCACCAGUCAGAGGAGUUGCAGUAACAAGAAAUGUUCACUGGAAUAUGUAAAGAACUGAAUUGUUCUCAGCUUUGCAUAAGGAAAUUAAGAGUGUUGGAAAGCACAGGGGCGUAGCAUUUCUCUUGUAGCAGUUAAACACAUGCAGCAAGCUGUCAUUCUGAGUUCUUUUUAUUAAAAUUUUAUUUGGCACUGAGGAAGAAGCAAUAACCAUUCUCUCCCAUCUUAUGCACACUCUUAAAACUUAGUUUUGUUCUGACAUCGUAAUUCAAUGAAGCUUCUUUUAGACAAUUGGUUAAAUGCUGAAAAUAUUAAAAUGGGCUGAAAUGUAGUUUUUCUUACUUUCUCCCUUAGUGCCAUACUGUUUUAAAAUUAUAUAUAUAUUGUUUCCCUAGGGAGGUGGUAGAUUCAAUGGUGCAGCAUUUUAAAGUGACAAUAUUUGGGGACCGCAGACCUGUUUAUGAUGGUAAAAGAAGCCUUUAUACAGCCAAUCCGCUCCCCGUUGCAACAACUGGGGUAAGAUAGUUUGUCCUUCCAUAAGUUCUAAUUGUUUGUAAGAUAAAUGAAAUCUUUUCUGAAAAUGUUAAGGUUUUAUUGUUACUGUACAUUGCAGCCACUUGGUGUGGUAUUUUUACAAAGAAUGGCAGGUCUUGGAGGACCUUACAAUCUAAAUCUGGGCGAUGGGAGAAAUGACAGACAGGAUGAGGGGAAAGGGGGGAGUGGAGAUUAAUGAGUUGAGUAUGCACAAAUGCAGUUGAGUUUAUUUUAGUUGGGAUUGAGGACUAAAUAGUUGAGUUUUUGUGUAUGAAAUUGACAAGGUUUACAAGGUAGUUGGACACAUUUCCGCUGGACUCAGUCUUGCAACACAAAUGGUCAGUCUGGUGUGGGUGAGAUACAUUGAGUGUGCACGCACAUCCAGUCUGCAGCAUCAUAGCCAGUGGAUGCAGUUCUUAAUUUCACUGUGAGCUCUGGCAUGUUGAAUUAAUCUGGAAUGCCAUUUCAUUGUCAUUCACAUAGAUGCCUAGCAUUUCUUCGGUCUUCUAUUUGGUAAAAUAGGUUUAAAUCCUUCAGUACAGUUUGGCCAGAGGAAGAAAAAAAGUAACACUUGCAGAUAAAUUACUUACUUUAGGAUUCUUCUUCUCUGUAUCCUCUCCUAUGGCUUUUUCCCUUAACAGGUUGAUUUGGAUGUAACAUUGCCUGGAGAAGGUGGUAAAGAUCGUCCCUUCAAGGUGUCAAUAAAGUUUGUUUCCCGGGUGAGCUGGCACUUGCUGCAUGAGGUUCUGACAGGACGAACCUUGCCUGAACCUCUGGAAUUAGACAAGCCAAUCAGCACUAACCCUGUUCAUGCUGUCGAUGUGGUGCUACGACACUUACCCUCCAUGAAGUAGGUUCCCUGUCAUUCUCUGAACACAUUAUCUAUCUUUUUAAAGUUCAUCUUUAUGAAUGGAUCUCUUUACACUCCUGUGCACAUUUUUCAGGGUAAGGGAGAGAAAGGGUUCAUCUACAUUUUGCAUUAAGGAUAUGAGUAAAGGUUUCUCAGUUUUGUCCAUUGAGCACAUUGCUACUUCUAGACAUGUACAUAAUUAUUCUGGAAGACCAAUGGUUAAUUGGAAAGCCUUUUCACAAUGAGGUCAUUCAGAAGUGAUCAAGGACAUGAGAUGCUCGUGUUGGCAACUGGCAGGCAGUAAGAUAAUGGCCACAACAGAGCAGUAAAAGAAUACCAAACACACUAUGACAGUGUUUUGCUUGUCUAAUCUACUAAGACUGUACUGUGGAACCACAUAAUUAGUAUGUUUUAAAGCAACUUUCUGUGUAUGUAUGCUUUCAGAAGUCUGCUAUUAUUUACUUUUUCUUUAAAUUUUGUUGAAUCUUUUCAUCAUACAGUACAAUAAAAAACAAACUAAUCUAAAUAGAAAAAGAAAAAGAAAGGAAGAGCAAAGGAAGUACAAAGUCCUAUCUCAAAGGAAAAUUUUAAUCCUUGUCUCACGCAGAAGGAGGUGGACCCUUCCAGCUCUUACCUUGGAGCUUCUCUUCUCUCAGCUUCCCACCUUGGGAUAUCUUUCCUUCGCCACUUCUCACAAAGGGCCCUUCAUCAACCAUCCAUCGCCUUCAUGUGUGUCCAAUCCCCUUAGUAACCCAGAGUAGAGGACACCAAAAUAAGCAAAACAGAAACAAAAGCAAAGCAAGGAAAAAAAUAAGAAAAAGAAGCAGGGAGAUAAAAAUAAUAAAAGAGAUAGAAAUAAAAAGGGCUUCCGGUUCUCCAUCUGUCAGGUAUAUCAUAUAAGGAUUAUUCAAAAUAUUCACAGUAUUCACUCCAGGGUAGUAUCCAGCUGUUCCUCUUUCUGCUAGGCAGUAUUUUCCCAGUCUUCAGACAUCUCAAGUUCAUUCAUUUUCCCUUCCACACAAAAAGUCUAAAGAGGUUCUGCUAUUAUUAUUAUUAUUAUUAUUAUCAGUACAUGUCCACAAUAGUCUUCCUCCAGUUUAGCACAACAACUUUACUUCCAAUGCUGAGAAACAAGAACUUUUCAUCUUUAUUCACACAGGAGUCUCUCCACUGUGGUCAUAUAUUGAAACAGUAAUCCAUAGUUAUUUACUUAUUGUAUAUUCAUUAAUUCACACCCAGUUCCAUAUCUUCUGAUCCCAUUUCUAUGGCUAUGAUUUUCCAUCCUAAUUUAGGGGAGGGAUCUUUGCAAUUCUGCUUCUUUCUUUUUCCAGAAGAGUUGCCAGAGGCUUGGUAGUUUUUUCUUCUAAAUUCAUUCCAAAUUGUACACAGAAUCCUCAGUCCAUGGUUUCAUUCCACUUCUCCAACAUUCAUAAGUCCACUGCUUGAGUGUUUUACUCCUCCAGGCACCUGUGUGAAGGUCUUCUCCGUUUCAUCAUCUACUCUCUCCAGCUUUACCAUUCCACUCUCCUGUUGUGGCAGUACUUUAUCAAUAUUGUUCUCCAAAGGUUCUGUGUCCUUUUUAACCUCAUCUUCCCCAUGUCCAUUUUCAUUCACCAUCUUAUCCACCUCAUCUCUUACCUCUUUUAGUUGCUCAUCCAAUAAUUGCUGCACAAUGCCAGUGGUCAGUGGGGUGUCCAACUGUUUUUACCAUACUGUGUGUUCUUGGUCUUAUUAACAAGUUAAUCUCCACCUUAAGAUCUUACAGUCUCUGCCUUAAAAGCUUGAAUCGCCUGUCUCCUUAUCAGAGCGCAUUCUUUUCUCACAGUAGCAUAGACAAGAUGGAAAGUUUAAAAUAAAAUAAAAUGACAAUCAGAACAGCUCUUGGCCAUUUAUAAUCUUUCUUAGCCGUAAAAAAUUAAAACAUGCUUUUUGUUUUUGCUAUUAUUUUCUGAUGGAAUUCUCAGAGGGGGAAAAAGAUGAAGUCAAACAACUUUUGUAUACUCUUAAUUUUUAUUCUAUUUUUCACCAAGGAACCCCAAAUAUAACAAAUAUGCAAACUUCGAGUCAUUAAACCCAAAUAAAGCCAUGUGUUAAAGCAACCCCUUGCUGGUUGUGGAUUUUAGAGGGAUCUCCCAGCAAAUAUUUAACACAAAAUUGGGCUGACUACCUGGUAGUUUAAUCAAUAAAGGGUUAUUCAUUCAUUGAAGAGCUCCUGUGUAAAAAUUACAAAACAAAAGAACAACGUCUGUUGGUCCCACCUUCUGGUACUGUAAUUACAAGGACAAAAUUUUGAGGAAAGAGUAACAGAAGCAUAUCUGCUCCUAAGUAACUGAGAAGGCUAUACAUUAAAGCUUCUCCAAAUGUCCUAGGUUAUCCUCCUUGUCAUUGUAUUUUGAAUCCAGCUUGGGAAGUUGGAGAGUCCCUCAUUUACCAACAUAUUUUGAUUGCCUUCCAGCUUCAGCAAAUCAUUCCUAUGAUUUCAGCAGGCCUAGUAAUAUCCUGGAUCAAGCUUGAAGCAUGAGACUCUCAUUUUCAACCCCAAAUGAGGUUGACAGGGAAGUGUCUAUCCAACCCUUUUGCAUGAAAAGCGUGGAAUAGAUGCUGUAAAAAAUUAGUCUCCACACUCAGACCUUUAAUCCCACUUCCAUAUCUAUUGCAAUUUCAGGCCCAAGAUAAAUAUGUAAAUAUAUGUUCCUGUUUCAAAAGCAGGACCUUGCAAGACUGUUUAUUUUCAUAAUAACUUCUGCCACUUACGGAAUUGCAACUCUUGGAACGUUUGAAAGAUUCAUUCCUAGAUUGGCUAUGCACCCACCAUCUAAAUAUUUAGCUACAGCAGUAACAUAACCUCUUCUUUAUAUAGGUAUACACCUGUAGGCCGCUCCUUUUUCUCUGCUCCAGAAGGCUAUGAUCAUCCCUUGGGAGGUGGCAGGGAAGUAUGGUUUGGAUUCCAUCAGUCUGUUCGACCUGCAAUGUGGAAAAUGAUGCUGAAUAUUGAUGGUAAGCCAGUUCUCUGAGAGCAUGGAGAAGUAUGUUGUCUCUACAAAUGGCUGUUGUAUCGGAGUAUGAAAUAUAUACAUAUAUAGAUAUAGUUCAUCGCAGUAAAUUUUGAUAACUAAUCAAAAUAGUUAACAUGCAAAUUGUCUUGUUCUAUAUAUUGUUCCUGCCAGCUUUUCUCCUUUGUAGAUGGUGUGAGGUGUGCUGCAAAUAUUUUCCUUCAUAAUUUUUUGAAUUAUAGAAACACUUAAGCCCAAGAAUCCAAGAGCAUAUGAUAGAAAUAUUGUCUGCUAAUUAGAGUAACAAGGUAGAUGGGAAAGCAGGCAUUACUAAUGAAAGCCAUGCCUUUCAUCAGGCAGUGAUAGGUGCAUAAGCAAAAUCACAUUGACAGAACUUGAGUUGGUUAAUUACUAACAGGUCACUGACUUUGGUAUGAUUUGAUGGGGGAAGGCAUCUUAACACUGAAAUUAUUUGUAAUACUUGCAGUUCUGAAGAAUGCCCCCCUCCCAGUUUCUGACAUGAAGGUGCUUUGCUUUUAAUCUUAUGGCUAGAAUAGACAAGGUUUAAAAGUUAUAAGCAACAUACUAAUUCAUAUUUAGGUUAAAAUGCCUGCGUGAAUGUUGUAUUUGAGGAGUAAAACUGUUAGCGCAGGAUAACUUCAUUCUGUAAUGUGGUUUGAAGAGGAAACCUGGUCCACUGAAACUUCUUAAUUGUUGCCCGUCCAGGACUAAGUACUUAUAAAAUGUUUUCUAAUUGGUGUAGCAAGUUUGGUUACCAUGGUGACAAGCUGCAGCAGGUUGAGGUUUUUGGGGGGAUGCACACAAGCUAUUUGUGUUCAUUCAGUUAAUCAGCAUCUGUAGGCGUCGGCUAGCAUGCGUCAUGUGAAGUUGGCGGGCUGCUGGUGGUGACGCAUGUCUGAAGAAUGUUUUGUUAUAUUUGUAUGGGGACAUUCUGUUUGGUGCACUUGAGGCCUGGGAACCUCAAUAACGCCUCGUUAACUGUUUCACAGUCUAGUAAUUCUGCUGUAUGGAAAGCAUUUGAAAUGUAUUGCCUUGCAUUCACCCACACACAGCAUGGCAAAGGUGGCAACAAAUUCAUCCCUAAGUUAAGUAAGCCUUUAUAAUUUAGUAAAGUCUCAAAUACCCCUAAAUGCUUUUUGAGUGAUGUUUUACAGUGACAUCAUGUUUAAAAUAUGGGAGGAAAAAAUAAUUUUGGCCGCUUGCAGUUGUAUUAUCAUAUUGCAAUUGAGAAAUUUAUUUGGAGCGCUAAACAUUCCUGAAGUCCUCCCAGUUGUGAAAACUCAUUCAGGACCUUGAAACGUUAUUGAGGUGUCAUGAUCUUACUAAGAUCAUUGAAACAGGACCUUAUCUGCAAGCCUGUCUCCUCUCAGCUGCUUUGAGCAUUCUUCAAUACAAUAGUCAUUUGUUUUGCGCCAUAUGGUUGUUUGUAAGCUUUGAUUUAUAAUGAUAUUUUGUCUAUUGUUAACUUCUUCUUGUUAAUAUAUUGCUGUUACAGUCCAGUGCCUUUCAGCAUUUUUUUAAUGGUUGUUGUAUAAAAUUGUGCCCUUAUAUGUGAAUUUGAGUGCCUGCUAUUUCCCCUCCCCCGAAACUAGAUUAAUGGCAUUUUUUUGGACUUGCUUUGGAGAUCUUAUUAGUUUGGGAGAAACUUCAGGCUUGAGUCUAACUUGCAAGUUUAGAGUUUUGUGCAAGAAUGAAAAUAUGGAUGCUGGGUGUUCUAUUUCUUUGUGGGGAGAAGGAGAACUUAGGCUGGUUGAAAUUUGACUGAGUGAUAUAGGAGUAAAUGUGCAUAAUUAUUUGUGUAACUUACUAUGAGACUUUUACUGUUUUGCUCACUUUGGUAGUCAUGAGUUUAUUACCCUACAUAAGAUUAAUGAUUACUUGUUUUCAAUAUGAACCCUCUAAAUCAGUGUUUCCCAAAGUGGUUAAUAUAGAACCCCUAGUUUUUGUUUUUAUUUAUGUGGGCAUUUACAAAGUGUACCUUCCUUGCUGUUGAGAAACCUCUGUAUUAAUAUAUAUAUUUACAUUUGAUGAUUCCUGUUAUUGGUGAUUGAUGAUUAAUAAAUGUUGAUUAAAUAUUGAUAUUUUUAAACUUUAUUUCAUUUACUUUCCUAAGAAUUUGCAGGGUGGAUGGGUGAUGACAAAGGAUCAGUAAACUGAGAAGUUUGGGGGAACUUGCUCCAAAUUCAUGAGAUAAUAUUUUAAAUUAGAAAAUGUACUACAUGGCACUUAGUUGUCCCAAAGCAUAGUGAUGAUUUUAAUGAUUUCUUCUUCAAAUGUAUACACAGAACUAAUUAUUGUGUACCAAUGGUUUAUUUUAGCCUUCAGAAAGAAGCCAUUUCAUUUGCUUUUAAAGCUUUGGAAAACCUCUACUUUUUUAACUGCUCUAUUUUCUGCUCUUAGUUUCUGCCACUGCCUUCUACAAAGCACAACCUGUAAUUCAGUUUAUGUGUGAAGUUCUCGAUAUUCACAACAUUGACGAACAGCCACGACCUCUGACUGAUUCUCACCGGGUAAAAUUCACCAAAGAGAUAAAGGGUAAGUAGAAAAUAGAGCACUGAUCCAUGUAGAGUAGCUUAUAAUGCUCUCAGAUGCCUUUCCUCUGCUCUUCCUGAACACUCCUAAGUUCAUUUAAAAUGCAUAUGAUUCUUCAUCUUUUGUGGUACUCAUACACUAAUUUGCAUGAAAUGUAUGUUCUGGUAAGAGAUUUGUAUUCUGGAAAAGGUUGCCUUUAUCCCAACCCCUGAAAAUCAUACAAAGAAGUCUCUAGUCCUCUUUACUGUGGAGACUUGAACAUGGCUUGUCAAAAGGCCAUACUUGUCUAGGAGCGUACUUCUUCAACAUUGUAUCUUUGUCUCAUAACCAUUAGCCAUUUUUGGCAUCAAUAUUUGUUUCAUAUUUUCACUUAGUAUUCCUUCAGCCACCACAGUGCUGCUGCUUGCCAAAAUAAGAUUCUCAGCGUACAAACUGAACUGUUGGCACUAGUAAGUGCACCUGUAUAAGUUAGAAGCUCAUGCUCUUCUGCUUCUGCAUCCCUCCUCUGGCACAGCCAUGAAGAGGUGAUUUGAAAGCUUUGACUGAUAGAUUCAUAAAAUCAUAGAAUCAUAGAGUUGGAAGAUACCCCCAAGGGUCAUCUAGUCCAACCCCCUGCAAUGCAGGAAUCUCAACUAAAGCAUCCAAGACAGAUGGCCAACAGUCCUCUGUUUAAAAACCUCCAAUGAGGAGGGUGGCUUCACCUCAAUCACUGCACACAAUGCUGCUAGAGGAAAGUGGUAUAGUAGAGCCAUUUUUGCCUGUAGUAGCGUGCACUCAUGUUUAUAUGUCAUGCUAUUUUAGUCAAAUGGCAGUUUGACAGUAAAGGUCCCGGAGCAAGCAGAGCGAGAAUGCAUUUAUUAUCUAUUAUGAUUAUGAUUAUUAAAUUUGUAUACCGUCCUUCAUCCGAAGAUCAUAUGGCGGUUCACAACAUAAAAAUACAAAAUGAGAACACAAAAUACAUAAUAAAACAAAAACAAGCCAAUAGCACCCCUAAAGACUUAGCUCACCAGAUUUCAUUGGGACACACAAUUACAGAUAAGAGUGAAUGUAUUUUGGUAAUGUCAUAGGUGCCAAGCCAUGCAGUUUCCUGUACAUUUGUACCAUCUUCUCCCAGUUACCUUAUCAACAUGAGAUCAAGUCAUGUGUAUGUGCUCGUGCAAAAGGGGCCCAAUGGAAAGUUGGAAUUAUCUGUCCAAAGGUCUAUUGGACCCUCUUUCCCCCCAGACACCCUUGUUUUGCAUAUGAAAUGAGACAUUCAAAGCAACCAUUCUUUGUAGAAUUGUUCCAUAAUAAGAAGCCUGAUGGCAUUCUUAAUCUGCUGUACAUUAAUAUGCAUGUUCUGUUAUAAAACAGCUUGUGCAUGUACCAUUUUGGGUGCAGCCAUUCUGUGACAUCAGUAUUUCUCUUCCCCCUUUGUUUUCACAUAGGUCUGAAGGUUGAAGUGACUCACUGUGGAACAAUGAGACGAAAGUACCGUGUCUGUAACGUUACACGGAGACCUGCCAGUCAUCAAACGUAAGCAAAUGUUUUAAACAAUUGACUGGAAUGUUGCAUACAUGGCCACAGUAAAAAUCCACCAUCCAAUUUUUCUAGAAUUUGGAAUGCAUGACACUGUAUUGGUUUUUUAUUUACACACACACAUAACUUUAUUGUGGUCCAUAGACCCAAAUUGCACAGUGCUUUUUAAAAAUACAUUGUUGCUGUUGUUUUUAUUUUUGUAUUAUUCCCUUGUAUUCAUGGAUGCACACACUGAUUUGAAGCCACUUUGUGUCCUUCCUAAGAGAGGCUCCUUAGAGGCUGGAGGGACAUUACCGGAACAACUCUUGGGUUGGGGCAAUUGGCUAAAAUGUUUUAAAUGGUUCUCAUUUUGGUUCCUCUAUUUUGUUUUUGUUGGGUUGAUGUUGGUUCCGUUUCUGAGCACAAUUCAAAGUAUUGGUGCUGACCUUUAAAGCCCUAAAUGGCCUCGGUCCUCUAUACCUAAAGGAGCGUCUCCACCCCCAUCGUUCAGCCAGGACACUGCGAUCCAGCGCCGAGGGCCUUCUGGCGGUUCCCUCAUUGCGAGAAGUGAGGUUACAGGGAACCAGACAAAGGGCCUUCUCAGUAGUGGCGCCCACCCUGUGGAACACCCUUUCUUCAGAUGUGAAGGAAAUAAGCAGCUAUCCUAUCUUUAAAAGACAUCUGAAGGCAGCCCUGUUUAGGGAAGUUUUUAAUAUUUAAUGCUGUAUUGUUUUUAACACUUGAUUGGGAACCGCCCAGAGUGGCUGGGGAAACUCAGCCAGAUGCGUGGGGUAUAAAUAAUUUAUUAUUAUUAUUAUUUAUUUAUUUAUUAUUAUUAUUAAAAUGUUUAGUUGGGGCUGGCGGUUAUUUUAAUUUGGGUAUAACUGUAAUAUGUUUAUUAUUGUUAUUAAUGGUUUCUAUUGAUUUAUUGGUUUCUUUGUUGCUCAUAUAGGAUAUUUUGUUUUUUUUAAUGUUUGAUGCUUUGUUUUGUUUUUAUAUAUAUUGUAAGCCACCCAGAGUGGCUGGGGAAACCCAGCCAGAUGGGCAGGAUAUAAAUUUUAAAAAGUUAUUUAUUAUUAUAAGACUGACAUAAAAUAAUGUUGUGUAACUUCCAGAAAAAUCACUUAAUUUUUUCCCAGAAGGAAGUUAACUCCCUCAGUUCUCCUCUGAUUAAAACUCAAUUUCUCUUUUCAGUUUCCCAUUGCAGUUAGAAAAUGGUCAGACUGUGGAGAGAACAGUAGCACAGUACUUCAGAGAAAAAUACAACCUGCAGCUGAAAUAUCCUCAUCUUCCUUGUCUACAAGUGGGACAGGAGCAGAAACACACCUAUCUGCCUCUUGAAGUAAUUUAUUCAGAACACUGUUACUUUGCAUAGCCAAAAAGGAUUUACCAGAUGUUUUAACUGUGUGCAGUGCAAGCAGUUUGCCAAACUUUUUAUAUAAAGGAAAGAUUUUCUGGCUUAUUUUUUAAAAAGUUAAAGCUUAAUGUAUACAUUUUAAAAAAUACACCCGUUCUCUACAGCCAUGCCUGCCAUCUAAGGAUAACUCCAUUUAUCUGAUGAAAUGAGCUUUAGUACAUGAAAGCUUAUGCCAUAAUAAACAAGGUAGUUUUUAAGGUGCCCACAGGACUCUUUAUUGUGUUUAGGGCGUCUCUCUCUCUCUCUCUCUCUCUCUCUCUCUCUCUGUGUGUGUGUGUUACAAAACUAGCUUUCAAAUAUUUAUUUAUUUAAAAGCUUCACAUUUAAAAAUAUUUAAGUGGUAUAUAAAAAUACAAAAUAAAAGUAAUAUAAAAACAGAUAAAGCAAUAUAAAAACUGAGAUGCAAGUGUAAAAAUGGAAAAAGCAAAUCCAGUAACAUAAAGAUCUAAUUUUAUGGGUCAAGGAAUGCCUUGGCAAAAGGAUAUGUCUUUACAAGACAUCUGAAGCGACUGAUGAAUGAUGGUUUAUGUAUGGCAGGGAAGAAGGCAUUCUAAAGGGAGGUGACAAUUAUGGAAUGCACCUGUUUUCAGGUCACCACCCAGGGUGAUGCUCGGUAGGAUUUGGUGCAGUAAAAUGCCCCCCUGCACACUUGCAUUAAAUAAUAUUGCUGAAAUGAGGAAAGUUUGGGGUAAGUAGAUUUUUGUGUGGAAGGACUGCAAGCUCUAUUCACUUCAAGAACUGGCUCUGACUGGUGGAUUACAAUGAACAUAUGAAGCUACCUUAUUCAGUCAGAUUGUUGGUUCAUCUUGCCCAGUAUUGUCUACUUUGACUGGUGACCACUCUUCAGAAUUGCAAGCAAGAGACCCUUUCCCAGCCUUGCUUUCUUGUUAAUCUUUCAGCUGGCAAUGCUAGGGAAUGAAUCUGGAACCUUCUGCAUGGAAGGUAUGGGCUCUGUCAACUUGUCAUAAGACCAUAAGAAGAGCCUGCUGAAUCAGGACAGCUGCCCAUUUAGUCCAACAUCCUUUUCUCACUCUCUAACCAGAAGCCUAUGGUAGGCCUGAAGGCAGGAUCUGGACCCAAUAGCACUCUUCCCACUUAGGAUUAUCCACUGUUGGUGUUCAGAGGCAUACCUCCACUUUCAGUGAAGGUAGAAUAUAACCAUUCAAGAUUAUAAUCUUAUUCAACAUGAAUUUGUCUAAUCCUCUUUUAAAGCCAUUCAAUUUCUCCUAUGCUGAAUGUUGAAUCUUAGGAAGAUUGAUAACUUUAGGAAAGCUUUAGAAAAGCUAACUUUUGUGGAAACAUGUACUACACUGAGGUUCUUACCACAUAGGAACCCUCACAUUACUAGAACACAGUUCUAAAAUUGCUUUGGCAGGCAAUAUGCUAGGUUCAUAAAUGAUUUCAACAAAUUUGUUUAAUGUACAUCAUUAGACUGACAUGUUCCAUUUUUGCAGGUUUGUAACAUCGUGGCAGGCCAGCGAUGUAUCAAGAAACUAACAGACAAUCAAACAUCAACCAUGAUAAAAGCAACAGCAAGAUCUGCGCCAGAUAGACAAGAAGAAAUCAGCAGAUUGGUUAGUUUGCUUUUGAAUCGGAAAGAGGACUUGUGUACCCUUGAAUGGCUAAUGAAGAUAAAACACGGCCUUUCCUAGUUUGUUCUUAAAUCCCACAGCCUCCUUUUUGCCAUUUUCUCUGCUUAGUGUUGUAGAGUGUGUUGCUGCUGACUUCAUAACUGUUAUGCCCACCUCUGAAAUCAAUUAGUGAGGACAAAACUUGGGUUAAUCUGCUUUGUACAUGAAAGUUAGUGCAACAUUUAUCUCAUUAUCUCUGCAUCUUCAAGACCUAUAAAUACCAAGACCUAUGGCUAAUUUGUUUCUUCUAACCUUUAGUAAGAUGUUUUGUAUGUUUUUUCAUUUGCAUGAGAAAGUUGGGUGUGAUUUGCCCAAAACUGUCUGGUGGGCCAACCUUAGAGGCCUAACAGGCCUAAUUAGGCUCAUGGUCUGUAGGGAGUGAGUACAAACCUGGGAUUAUGCAAGCCAGGCUAUAAAUGUUAUAUGCCCUUGUGCAAAAGGGACCUGUUCUGGAAGGAGCCGUACUCACCCUGAAGGUGUAGAUACAGAGCUUAGGGGUACUUCUGGCUCAGCUGCUGUGCUCAGUGGUGCACAGCAUCUUCUAGCAGGCUUGGCUGGUGAUCCAGUUGCAACCUUGUCUGCACAGGGGUAAGUUAACUUCAGUUGUCUAUACUCUAAUAAUCUCUAAUUUAUAUUUGUUGUUUAGUCGUUUAGUCAUAUCCGACUCUUCGUGACCCCAUGGACCAGAGCACGCCAGGCACUCCUGUCUUGCACUGCCUCCCGCAGUUUGGUCAAACUAAUUUAUAUUAGUGCAAUGCAUUAAACAUGGGACUGCCAUUGAAUACUGUUAGGAAACUGUAGAAUUCAGUGACCAUAUUGCCAAAUGGGACCAGCAGGUCUGAGUUUAUUAAAUCAAUUCUGGCCCAACUGCAGUGGCUACUGAUUAGUUUCUGGGUUCAAUUCAAAGUGCUGGUUUGGACCUAUAAAGCCACCAUCCUCAGGACCCCAAAGUCCACCUCUUCCCACUUGAACCAGCUGAGACCCUGUGGCCCUCAAAGAUCCUUCUCUGUGUACCUCAUCUGAGGAAGGUGUGGAGGGUGACUAGAUGAGAAUGGGGUUUCUCACUAGUGGUUCCCUGUUUGUGGAAUGCUCUCCACAAGGAAACACACCUGGGACCUUCAUGGUCACUUUUUAGGUUCUAGGCUAAGAUGUUUGUAUUUAAUUCUGAUGAUUAAUUAGCCAGUAAUUAGCUCAUCCUUCGGUAGGUAUGGGUAGGAUGUCUUAUUCUAUUGUUCGAGGAACAUUUUAGGAAUGUUGCAUUGUAUGUAAAUUUUUAAUUUGGCUUUUAAUUUAUUUUACUUGUUUGUAUUUCAUCUUGCUGUUAAGUUGCUUUGAGAUUUGUUUUUUCCUAAAGAGCCUAACAAAUGCAAUAAAUAACAAUAAUAGUAUGUCAUCGUCUAUUGAGGCUUAGAGUGAACUUUUGGAAGAAACUCUGCUUAUAUUUAGUUGUAGAUGCUUUAGAUUUCUCUUAAGAAAGGGCAGCUUCCCCUCAAAUGGAGCAUGAUAAAAGGUAUGUGCUCUCCUUGCGUGCCACUGGUCUAGGAAAUUUGCAUGCCUUAAUUUUGCCAACCUUUGAGCUUCAACCUUAAGGGCAUGGCAUAGUUUUUGGUGAACAGCCAUCUUUAGUAAGUUUUUAAGCAUCUUCAAAUGAGGUAUGAAUAGUAAAUAAUAGUGGAAAUUUUUGCAAAUGGCUUGUAAUUUAAGGCAGCCAAGUCUGUGUUGAAGAAUCACAGAAGGACCUUGUUCCACAUUUGGAAUACGUUGUUUGCUCUUGACUUAGAGGAGGAGAAAGGAAUUGAACCCUUAAAUUAGCACUUCUGCAAUAACAAGUGUAUUCAAUAUGGCUGUUUUUGGUUCCACUUUUAUGCCAGGUGAGAAGUGCUAAUUAUGAUGCCGACCCAUUUGUUCAAGAAUUUCAGUUUAAAGUCCGUGAUGAGAUGGCUCAUGUGACAGGGCGUGUGCUUCCAGCUCCCAUGUUGCAGUACGGAGGGCGGGUAAGAAACCCUUGUUUGUUUGCCUCCUGGUGUAAUAUUCAGAUGGGAUUCUAACUUUGAUUAGUGGCUCUUCCCUUCGUAGAACCGUCUGAGUUUAAACAUCUGUGGAAUGAUUUAUUGAUGCACAUAUUGUAAAUUACCAGUACAUUAAUUUCAUUUUUUUUCUUCCCGUUUAUUUCCAUAGAAUCGAACAGUUGCAACACCAAGUCAUGGUGUGUGGGAUAUGCGGGGAAAACAAUUUCAUACUGGUGUGGAAAUCAAGAUGUGGGCAAUUGCUUGCUUUGCAACACAGAGACAAUGUCGUGAAGAAAUACUGAAGUAAGCCACCUGUUAAUGAGGCAGUGAGCUGUUUCUCCCUUCCUUCCCCUGCCCUCAUGUUACACAGUUUUUAUUACAUGGCAGGUCACCGAUUAGAAGAGGGUAUGAGUUUUGUGCUUCUGCCUUAAAACCUGUGAAGCUGUCCAACCUUUGCUGCUGAUAUUGUUCACAAUAUCUGUUUUUCACAGCUUUACUUUUUGGUUUAUGAUUGAAAUUCAAGGGGUUGUUUUGACAUUGUGGCAAGGAGGGACUGAAUGAAGGGUUAAAGACGUGAGAUGGGCAGUAGCAUCUAAGCAGGACAGUUUCUGGGGAGCUGUUCUCACUUGUUUCUCUUCAGCUCUCUCGAACUGUUCCACCUGCUGUUCUGCUAUGCUACAGUUGCAGCGUCUUGGAGGCCAUGCCAACUUAACUGCAGCAUGACAGUAUAUUUUAAGAUUUUAUUAUAUAGUAAAACAGUAACCAUUGGCUACAAACAUUGGCCACAAAGCCUCUCCUUUGUGUGUAGUUUCUCCUUUAGCAGCCCCUGACAGCCUUAUGUGUGGUUAAAAGCUGUGCUGGCAACGCUUUUAAUCAUGUGUAAUGCAAACCAGUGAUCAACAGGAACUUGAAACAACAUUUUAAAUGGGCUUGAGAGUGGUACCAUCAUAACCAUAAAUCUUGUUGAAGGCUCUCACAACAGAAAGAAGUAGCUGGAGGGAGAAAGUAUGUGAUCUGUGCACCCACAACUUUAGGGAUUGGAAGAAAAAGGUAUUCAAGGUUUUUGGGGGGUGGGGUAUGCUUAGUUUCUAUCGGUGGAUGUUCAUUAUUCCUCCUUCAGAAAGCUUUCCAUUUUUUGCCAGGGGUUUUACAGACCAGCUGCGCAAAAUUUCCAAGGAUGCAGGAAUGCCAAUCCAAGGUCAACCAUGCUUCUGUAAAUAUGCACAAGGUGCCGACAGUGUGGAGCCUAUGUUCCGACACCUUAAAAACACAUAUUCUGGGCUCCAGCUCAUCAUAGUCAUCCUACCAGGGAAAACACCAGUGUAUGGUAAAUAAAUAUUAAAGUUGUAUUUUGGUUCAGCUUGUGUUUGACCGCUUCUGUUUUCAAACUUUCAAACGGCAAUCUUAGCAUAGCAAGUUGCUGUAAGAAAUGGCCAGUUGGACAUGCAACAUAGGUCAGACUUGUUGUAUGUGUCUUGCUAUUUUGUGAGGCUGAGAACUAGACAAGCUGGAAGAGGGGGGAAUGUUGUUCAGGAUAAGAUAAAACUCUUGCCUGGAAGGAGAGCUUUGCAUUCAUAUUUUCAAGGAAGGAGAAACUUUUGUCUUGGGUUUUCUUUCUCCUGUUGAUCUCUCUCAUUCCAGCUAAGCCUCAUUGCUUUCCUCCCUAUUAGCUGCUAGGGAAGAUUAGCUCCAUAUGAAGAAACGCAGAUCAGCUCCUCUUGUCAGCAUAAGUUCAAUUCUCUCCAGUUUUCUCUGCCUAUCAGGAGGGGACCUCAUUCUUCAAAGUACUGAAGAUAUAGAGUUGUGCUGCUUUUUAAUAUUGUACCUUUCUCUUGACAUCCUGUGCAUUGGGCAUGACUUAGUGAGCUGACAUUGCAGCGACAGAUUUUAGAACUGUGCUGUGGUGUAAAAUAUUGAAGUCCCUUCAUAUCAAUUCUUGUUUCUCAGCCGAGGUGAAGCGUGUGGGGGACACACUUUUGGGGAUGGCCACGCAGUGUGUCCAAGUCAAGAAUGUCAUAAAAACAUCUCCUCAAACCCUCUCUAACUUGUGCCUAAAGAUUAACGUAAAACUGGGAGGAAUCAACAACAUCCUUGUACCUCAUCAACGGUAAGAAUCCUACCUUAAUGUUAAGGCAAUUGUCAGAAUUGUGUACUCUGUAGAACUUAAGGGAAUUGCUCCCCCCCCCCCCCGGUUGUGGCAUGAAAUGAUCAGUUGGAUUAAGCAAUUAAAAACCACACUGAUUGGCAUAAAGUGUAACAAAGAGCACUUUAAGACAAUCAAAAUGAUUUUUAAUUGCAAUUGUUAAGUAUAUAUAGUCAUAACUUCAGAUAACAAGUGCCAUCUGAGAAAAUGUGUUUCUCAAUUUUCAUACUUGGGGAAUGCCUCUUCUUAAACACCUACUGCAGCAUGUACAUGCAUAAUCUAAAACAGGGAUGGUGGAGAACUAUGGCCUUCCAGGUGUUGUUGAACUUCUAAUUAUCCCUGACAACUGGCCAUGCUGGCAGAGGUUGAUCGCAUCCAGAGGACCACAGGUUCCGACAAUCCUCAGCUAAAGGCAAAUUACAUUUUUCCUGCAGAGCUAUUCUUCCAUAUUCAGAUUUAAUUUAUUGACUUAAAGAAUCUUAAGAAUGUGAUUUUUAACCAAGUUAUAGCCUUACUAAUGUUACGUGCUUGAUUUGAUAGCCAAAUUCAUUUGCUAAAGCAACAUUGGUCAUCACAAAAGUACAGUCAUACCUUGGAAGUCGAACGGAAUCCAUUCCGGAAGUCAGUUUGACUUCCAAAAUGUUCAAAAACCAAAUCACAGCUUCUGAUUGGCUACAGUAAGCUCCUGCAGCCAAUCAGAAGCCCCGUCAGACAUUCAGAUUCCAAAAGAAUGUUUGCAAACCGGAACAAUCACUUCUGGGUUUGCAGUGUUUGGGAGCCAAAACGUCUGAGUUCCAGGGCGUUUGGGAUCCAAGGUAUGACUGUACAGACAUAAUAAAUAUUUGUAUUUUUUGUAGCUGUUAUCUUAUUGAAAACUUUAAUAAGAAACAGGGUUUGACACAGCUAAAUCUAAGUGAUUUGGGGAACUUUAUAAUUUAAAAUUUUGAUAAUUUGAUAACCUUAGAUGUUCUUGAUGAUUUUGUGUUAAUCAUAUUGUAAGGGCUAUUGGCUGUAAUCAAUAAAAAUCUGACUGAUUAGAUUGCAAAAAUAAAUAAAUACAUGCAAUCAAUUUGAAAGGUACAUUUUAGGAGCUUGGACCCCAUUUUGCAGGAUAAUUUUUGUCUGAUCUGUCUGGAUUACUAUAGCAACCAUAUCCCUUAUAUAUAAUAUAAUUAUUCCUAGCAUCCAGUAAGUAACAGUUUUUGUCCCCACUAUUCAAAGAAUAAAUUGUACCAUGAAUCAAUUUCAAAAACCUAUCCCUGAGGAAUUAUACAGCAAGCAGUAUAAUUCACAGUGAGCAAUAUUGUCCACCUCUCUCUGGCCACACGAUUUGAGUCAUCAGCUCCAGUCACAGGAAUGUGAGACUGACUGUAAGAUGCCCUCUGACUUGCACAUCUUCAGUAAGCCCAUGUGUUCAGAGCUUCCCUGCCUCCUACAGCAACGUGGAGUGUUUGUUUUUAUUUAUUUUAAGUAGAGGAAGUCUGGUACAUCCAAAAUCUGUUACGUGUUCUAAAAAACUAAACUCUGGCAUUUUAAUUUUCUGUAUGAAGAUUUCUAGACUCUGUGGAUGCAUUUCAGGAAUAGUUGCUUACCUUCUAGAAUGUGAGGUGCAUAGUCUAGGACCCUUCUGAGGAAGGCGGGAGAUGAAGUUUGGGGUUGAGAUUGACAUGUCACUUUUUUUUUUAAAGACCUUCUGUGUUCCAACAACCAGUGAUUUUCUUGGGAGCAGAUGUUACUCAUCCACCUGCUGGGGAUGGAAAGAAGCCAUCUAUCGCUGCUGUGAGUUGCAUUCACAUUUGUGUGUGCCCCCCACCCAACCUUCAUUGAAUACCUUAGUUAUGAGAGAGUGAAAGAGAGAGAAUGUUCACAGGGAUUGACUGCCUUAAAUAGGCCCCUUGUCUCUGUCUCAUUAGUUCUCCAUGCCUAAUACAAAAUGACUGUUGCUUGGGGUUCCAGGGCUAACCAUGCGCAAGAUGGAGCAUUAUUAUGAAUCAUAAAGGUUCACUUUGCACUUAUGUAAUGCUGCACCAUCCUCUUUGCACAAACAGGAAGAAGCCAAAGCAAAUCCUUGGGCUUUCACUCUACCCUCUCCUCUUGCACAGUGAGGAAAAGGACCACCUUCAUUUAUGGCACACUGUUUGAAAACCACUGCACUAAAUCAUCAUUUAGUAUUUUCAGUGAAUGAAGCCAGUGUAUAGAUAAUAACAUCGUGAUAGCUGUGAGAAGAAGGCAGAUCUGGAUCAGCUGGUAGAUAUCCAGUUCAUUUGCAAUUGAUCAGCAAGGAUUUCUGACUCCCCAUUUUUUAACAAAACCAACAGCAGCAACAGAAUGAAUCCCACCACCCAACAAAAUAAUACUGCUGAAAUGAAGAAAGCUUGGGGUAACCAGAAAUAGAUUUUGCGUGUGAAAGAUCUGGGAGGCUUGGUUUGGCGCUGAUACUCAAAACUGUUGCUAGACUCAUAAUUAGGCAGUGGAAGACAGGAGUGCCUGGCGUGCUCUGGUCCAUGGGGUCACGAAGAGUCGGACACGACUAAACAACAACAAGAACAUGUCUUUUACGCAAAUACUAGUUGGUGGAUCUUGAGGUUAUAGUAAAAACAAGCAGAUUCCACAAGAUCUCUUAACCCAUGCAUUAGGAUCACCAGUUCUAUCAGAUUCAGUUUUGUCCAAGUGGGUGCGUUUGCUGUGUGUAUGUCAUGAGAGCUCCACUAGAUGUGUAUGACAAAUUAGCCAUGCAUUAUUCACAUGGCGAAUGAAGCACAGUUGUUUAGACCUCAAUGGAUAAAACAUACUGCAUUCUUAAAUGUGGAUGACUUUCCAGGCUUUUAUACAGCAAAAUUUAGUAAUAAGCCGUUUUCGCAACUUUUCGCAACUGUCACUCUCUGAAGGCUUGUGCUUCCUGUUGGGGAAAACUAUUUACACUGAUUAGAGAAAGUGUUGUCUGUCUGGAACGAUCAUUUUUCUUCAUGUGCCUCUCUUGUUUUAGGUUGUAGGUAGUAUGGAUGCCCAUCCAAGCAGGUACUGUGCCACAGUGAGAGUUCAAAAACCUCGCCAGGAGAUCAUCCAAGACUUGGCCUCCAUGGUUCGAGAACUUCUCAUCCAGUUCUACAAGUCAACACGCUUCAAGCCGACACGAAUAAUCUUCUACCGUGAUGGGGUGUCAGAAGGGCAGUUUCGACAGGUGUUUAUGUCCCACAACUUUUACCAUAAAAGGGCCCUCAGAGCAGAUUACGGCGCUUAUAAAACUAUUUUUACAAGGGUCAUAAUUUGGCCCGCAAGCCCAUUUCCCCCAAGUGACACCUGAUGUAACAUGUGAUGCCAUGUGUGAGGAAGGGGACAACAUGACUGCAAAGAAGCAACUGGGAACCUUAAAAUGUGCUCCUGGUAGUUCCUUGGCAUUUUAAUUUGGCAACAAAUGCAAGGCUUGGAGUGUAGCUGAUCCCUUUCAGAAGCAGAGCUUGAACACAGCGCUAGUCAGCUUGAUCACAGCGGCUUCAAGUUUCACUGUGAUCAGCUACACUUCAGAGUAUCGGAAGCUUUCAAGUGUAGCCAGUCCAAGAGUUGAUGUCAAACUCUGCUUUGAUUUCCUGGGAUUUUCCUUGGCAGCACAGCUUGAACUUCAAAGGAAAAAUGGGUCACCUGAUGUCAUGGUGACAUAAGGUUCUUGAGAGGGGGGUGCUCCUGUCAAAGUGGGAAUACUUAGAAAGGUGGGCUGUUCAGAACCGGACCCUUCAGUCAGGUCCUAGUCCCCCACAGAAUUCAGUGGCCAAGUUGCAUGAUGGUUUGAGAAUAUAACACCAAUCCUUGCCCUACUGCACUGGCUGCCAUUUAGUAUCCAAGCCCAAUUAAAGAGAUGGUUUUGACCUAUAAAACCUUAAAUGGUCCUACCCUUUAAAGACUACCUCUCCCCAUAUGAACCAAUACUGCAGUCAUCCUCUGAGGCCCUUUUGUGCCUCCUCUACGAGAAAUCCGGAGGGUGGCAAUGUAAGAAUGGGCCUUUUCUCCAGGGGCUCCCCAGGGAGGCUCUUCUGGAGCUUUCAUCAGGCUCCAGAUGAAAACACUCCUCUUCUCCCAGGCCUUCAGCUAAUUAAACAACAUAUUACUUUAAAACUGCCAGGGGGUGGCAAUUAUGUUUUGUUUGUUAAAUAUUUAUGUGUUGUAUACAUAAACUGCCCUAUGAUCCUUACAUGAAGGGCUGUAUAUAAACUUAAUAAAUAAUAAACUCCACCUUAGAUAUUUUAAAUAGCUAUAAUAUGUUCUAACAUGUUUGGUUGAACUGGUCACAGGUCUUCUGACCCUUCCAGGUCCAUCUCCCUUCUCCCUUUAUUGCCCUCAGCUCCUUGGGAAAUCAUGGAGAUGGCUGGAGUCCACUAACUGGAAGAGGGCAUUAAAAGCAAUCGUGCUAGUCACCAGGCCAUUUAUUCUUUCCAAAGAUCAGCCCAGGACUUGUACAGACACACACACACACGGUUACUCUGGGAAGCCUGCAAGUAGAGCCUGAAGGCAACAGUCCUCUUAGCAACUGGUGUUCAAAGGAUAACCUGGAGGUCGCAUAUACUAUCAUUAGCACAAAUUAGUAGAUCUGUCCUCUGUGAAUCUAUCUAAUCCCAUUUUAAAAUUGUUCUUGAUGCUGGCCAUCAUCACCUCUUAUGGCAGUAAAUUAAUUAUGCACCAUGUGAAUUACUUGAUUGUGUCUGGCCUGACCCUCCUGCCAAUUGGCUUUUCACAAAAUGUUUCUCAGUGUCUAACAAAUCUAAACCCCACCUCCUGACAUCAUUCCACUCAUAUAUUGAGACUCCUUAACACCCCAUGUCCAGUGGUCUUGCAUAUGAAAUAGGUAGCAUUUGUGAGAAUUCUACAAUAGGGGUUGUAGGUUGCAUCACCUUACCUAACAAUGUAAUCUUACUUGCAAAACUUCACUUCAGCAUUUCCCAUUGUCAUUGCUGCUAGUAUGCACCACAAUACUGAUUCCACCCAGCCUAUCUAGCCAAUAUGUGAUGCCUGCAACCUUUGAUAUGCAUUAAAUUCACCCACCAAAACCCAUCUCUCUGUAUGCCUAAUUAUCAAAUUGACCAUUACAAGGAGCCCUAGAAGAUGUUUAUUUGUCACCCAAGGAAUACUUCCUUUGUAAAGGAGUGUUUUCCUCUUCCUCAGAAAGAUGCUCUCCUUCCUCGAGACCCUCAUUCUCCAUGCCAGCAGAGGAGCUGUCAGCUUGGCAGCAGGACGUUUCUAUUAUGUCCCUGAUGUGUCAGGACCAAGUAGUGAUCCAUCCACAACAAUGGAACUACAUUAAGUUCCCCACAAUGAGAUCGCCCUCCUUCUACCCAGCACAAAGCACCAUAUCAAAUACAUGACCUGUCGCCUGGGUGGGACUUGAUACUGGUUGUUUAAACACACUUGUUCUAAUAACUGCACCAGGAUGCUAGCUUCCAGACUGAACUGCAAGUCCAGCCCAAAUCUGUAUAAAUCUAUAUUGUCUGUUUUGCAGUUCUGCUAUACAUAGACCUUGGAAGUUCUAAACCAGCAAAUAUAUAGUGUCUUCUACAUUUUAGUAGACUUAAAAGUUAGACACACUUCAAAUGUAUGUGUGUGUCUCUGUAAUAGAAUUAAGUAGUGUGUGUAUUUUUUAAAAUUGUUAAUUUAUCAUGAAGACUCGAGGGUGGGGGAAGAAUACUAGCAGCAUCCACCUAUACAACAAAUAAACAAGGAUCUGGAAUUUGAAGUGUACCCUUUAACUACUAAUGUUUCAAGAAAUAAAUUUCUAAUUUCAUAUUUUUAAAUUAAAAUAACAUAAAUUAGUAUAAUGUCCAUACCUUUAUACCUCAAAACAUUAAGAUCAGUGAAGCAGUGAGUUUUUUUCUAGAAUGUUCAGUAAAAGGCUUGCAGUGUGCCAUAAAGUUGUCUUGCUGUUACUUUUCCCCUUUUAUUCUUAAAUAUAUCAGUUUUUCUACUAGAGCAAAUUCUGAGAGGUUUUCUGUCCACUCAUUUGUUGCCGUUUUCUUUGUGAUCUUGGUUUCUUUUCACAUAAGAAUUUGAUUUAAGUGUCCUGUUUUAUUUUCUAUUUGAGAGUAAGCUAACCAUUUUGUUUCUGCACUAUAGGUGUUGUAUUAUGAGCUGCUAGCAAUUAGAGAGGCCUGUAUCAGUCUCGAAAAGGAUUACCAGCCUGGCAUAACAUAUAUUGUUGUUCAGAAGAGGCAUCAUACAAGGCUGUUUUGUGCUGAUCGGACAGAAAGGGUAAGACUUGUCUAACUUGAGUGUAGUUGCUUCCAAAUGGAUGAUUGAAGAAAGUGUAAUCUAUCAUUAUUAGCAUGUAUAUAGUGGUUUAGAACUUUCACAGCACUUCAGAUGAAUCAUCUUGUUGUAAUCCUUACAACAGUCCUAUAAGAUAGCCCAUUAUGAUUUCCCCCUGUCGUAGAUGGGAUUGAGAGGCUGACAAAUGAUGGUAGAGGCAAAAUUUCAAUGGAGGAUGUCCUGAUUCAUAGCAUGGUACAACAGCUUAAUUCCCCCACUUUGUAAAUGCUUCAAUGAGGAGCCAUAGCACAAUGGCAGAGUAACAACUUUGCUUGCAGAAGGUCCCCAGUUCAGUCACUCCAGUGAAAAACAUCUUCAGCAGCAGGGCUUACUAAAACCCCUGUACGAGACCUUGACAAUCUGCUGAGUAUCUAGAUAUCAGGCUAGAUGGGCCUAUGGGUCUGGUCUGAUAGAAAGCUAUAUGUUUCUAUUCUUCCAAGUUUACUGUUCGAUUUCAAAGGCAAGCAAAAUUGACUGAUACAAAAUGGCAUUCCAACUUCAUUUUGUUGUGAACCUCACCUCUAUGUUAACAACAGACUUUAUUCCAGCUGCCAGCCUCUUUGCACCAUCAGGUUACAAGUCUGGUGUCAGCAGCCCAGUUCUGGACUUGCUUUCAUGCACAAAAACUAGGAGAAGCUGAUGUUCAAAGUUGAAACAAAUAAAAGCAGAUUUUUCAGUAUUUUAUAUCAUGUGUUUAUUGCAUAAUUAUCAAACUAACAUUUUUGUUCCUCUCCUGUGGAAAUGCAUUCUUUUCUAGGUUGGAAGAAGUGGGAACAUCCCAGCUGGAACAACUGUAGAUACGGAUAUCACACAUCCUUAUGAAUUUGAUUUUUACCUCUGUAGCCAUGCAGGAAUACAGGUAGGAACUAAAGCACAAACCUACUUGACUCAGUCUGGGUUUGGUACCAUUCGUGAGCAGACAUGAGUGGUAGUAUAAGUGAAUCUGCAGGGUGCUUUCUAUUUAAACCAGUUUUUUAAAACAACCAAGGCUGACUUAAAGCAAACUUUUUAUGACUUGAGCUUUUCCCCCAAGUGUGUACCCUUUAGAUUUGCCAUGGAACAAAAAUGUCAUAUUAGCCAGGAAUGUAUUCUCAAAAUGUUUGGCUCACACACUAAAUCUUUUCUGUGACAUCUGAAGACAGAAAAUGUGUUAGGAAUUGUCCCCUGGAAGCUCUGCUAUGGCUCCAGCAUUUGCUGUUCCGUGCUUGUAUUCACCCAUAUACCUUUCAGAAGCUGCAGAAAAUAUGUAAUUGCUGUGCUUCAUAAAUUCGUAACUGAAGCAGCUUGGCAUCAAGCUCUUACAAAGUAAAUUUGUUUAGUUAUGCCAAGGCUCCUUAAAACUAUCUUCAGCCUCUGAUUAUGGGCUGUAUCCAAUGUAGCAGCAAGUUACUUGUCUUGAUCUGCUGGUGAAAAACUUUGUGCCAGUGGAUCAUUGUUGCACCAGAGAAUGCAUAAGCUGGUUGCUAGUAAGUUUGUUGCUAACACAACUGUUGCAUUGGUUUUCUCUGUUGUGCAGCAUUAAAAGUCUCGUGUCCAGUCGCACAAGAGCCAUUGCACUGAUGAAUGAUACAGCCCUAUAUUUUAGCACUUGGAAGUGUUCAUUUGAAAUAAGUGACAGGAUAGGACUGUGGUGGUGUUCUGCAGGAUGCUAAUGUGCUGCAGUGCCAAGAGUGUGCAAGGGUGGGGCUACAGCAACAUGGAAUCCCCUUUUCACAUUAAUAAGAACUGUAUUCUCAGGAACACAGUCAAUAUCCUUGGCAUACAAAAACAUUUGCUGUUCAGUUUAAUUUUUAUAGAAAUGUGAUGCAGAAAGUUAAUUGGGCAUUUGAACUGAUGUUUCAUUCUCCCUAGGGUACCAGCCGUCCCUCACAUUAUCAUGUAUUGUGGGAUGAUAACUGUUUUACUGCAGACGAACUUCAGCUGCUAACUUACCAGCUCUGCCACACCUAUGUGCGCUGCACACGAUCCGUGUCUAUACCUGCACCAGCGUAUUAUGCUCACCUGGUGGCAUUCAGAGCAAGAUAUCACCUUGUAGACAAAGAACAUGACAGGUAAGAGUAGCGUUGCCAGAUCACUUGGCUUCUCUGACCUCUGGGCUAGUUGCCAUAAUUUUUUAUGUUAAAGUAUGGCAUUUGAUCUCAUUGCAGACUUGUUCCAAACUAGAUUUAAAAAAAAUAAAUUAGUAAAGGUCAACAGCAUCAUUUUCACAUGUUUAAACAGUAUAGUCAACACAUGUGCACUAGGGUGCCUGGUUGUUUAGCUCAGUCCUAGCACAUUGUUUCAUGCUGCUGCAUAUGAAACCACCGAGUAUAGUCAGAGUUAGCCUACAAGAAUGAUCCAUUAACUUCACUUUUUUGUGCAACCCUGAUUGGAUUUUGAGAGGUAAUUAGGGGUGUGUGCAUGCUCCAUGGAGACCACAUACAUAAUUAGACCCCUUUGGGCAUUGCCCUGUCUCUCUCACCUCAACUAGCAAACCAUCAAAUGUGCAUGAUUAAAUGUGUACAGAGUUCUACAGAAAUGGCAGCAGGCAAGCCAGUUAGCAAUGAAGUCCAUUGAGGUAAAGUCAUCAUGAUUGCCAGUUUGUCCUUUAUAAAUCUAGCACUGUUAUAAAUAUGACUCAGAGUUCCUGCAGUGUUCCCAUACAGCUCAUUCAUUCAUUCAUUAUAGAAGGUUGCCCUGUGGGUGUGGUGGGGAACCAUGGAUUCCCAUAGAUGGUUACCCACAACUUCAAUCUUUUAUUAGGUGCAAUUGGGUGCACAAAUUAUUUGCAACAGUCCAUUGUGCUUUAAGUAUGUGUUUGUGAGAAAAGAUAGCACAUUGUUCAUGCUAACCACUACAUCACACAUUUGAUUGUACAUGUUGCAGGGCAGUUUCUUCAAGCUUUCCCAUGAUAUCUAUGGAUAGCCAUUUUAAAUGAGUGUGUGAAUUUGCCCAUAGAAGUGUUUGGAACAUGUGUUCCAGUGACUUGUUCUAUACUGAUAAUUGGUGGUGGGGACCAUGCAUCUAGUACUGAAGUUCAUCCAUGUGCUGCAUUAGUGUAAUUUAUUGUUUUUUGGAGCUGAAAAGAACACGGAAUACAGUUUUCUUAAAGCUCUUUUUGCUGGUUGAUGUUCAGAAGCAAAGGAAUUAGCACAAGGCUGUACUAAUGGCUGCUCAGUGCAGAAAUUGGAAUUGUUUUUUGCAGCUUGGUUGCUUAAAAAUAUAAGAAGGGAGCGUGACUUAUGCUUCUUGGGCCCAAAGGUGUUUGCUAAUUCUUCUCUCUUUUCCCCGCUAUUGCAGUGCUGAAGGAAGCCAUGUUUCAGGACAGAGCAAUGGGAGAGAUCCCCAAGCCCUUGCGAAGGCUGUACAGAUUCACCAAGACACCUUACGCACCAUGUACUUUGCUUAGCUAUAAAAAAAAAUAUCAGUGAGACCGGAGCCUAUUCACGAAAGGAAGAACUGCAGAAUUUAGCCACAUACAGUGUAUGUUUAAAGAAGGGUCAGUUCAUUGGGGAGGGGGAUACCUCUACCACUGCUGAAACUGAUCCUAUGGGAGGGGGCACGGGCCUUAUCCUUGUUUUGACACAAGGAAGAUUGUUUACUUCACCGAGAACACGGCACUUAUUAUGCAAUAUGAAACCAGCCAACUGCUUUUGAAGCAGCCUCCAAUGGGAAGUGCUGCCGUCAUCGUUGUUGUCUUUUCCUUUGUGUGUGUUUUUUCUUGUAGUCUAACCCUUUUUUAUGCCUUUACCUCAAGUUGCUCAGCAGCACAACUCUUUCUGCAAAAAAGAAACAAUUAUUACGGUAUUAAAACUUACAGGAGCAAUCAAAAAAGUGAUUGUUGGGGUGGGCAAGUGAAGUGAAGUAGAGAAUGUGCAAAAAUGUUUUUAUCCUUUGGGUACCCCUACGAGGGUAGCCAGCGGCUUCCCCUCAAUGGCUGUCAGCACUUGAAUGUGACCAUAGCAAGUGUGUUUGUAUGUUUGAGUGAGCAGCUCCACAGAGUAUGUUGUGGGAAAGGCUGUGUGUAUAGUGCAUUUGCAGAUCUAUUGAUCCCAGUGUGGUUUAGCCAACUGCUGCCUUUUGUGUCUGUCUUCAUUGCUUGGAGUUGCUCAACUCAAGUCUAUUUCUGUACCAUAACUAAGUUAACCAUAUACGUUGAUGCUGGCAGUAGCGAUACAACCUGAUGAGAUUAAUGAAGCUGCUGCUUUCUUCUUGUCCAGAAGUUUCAGCUAAUUUUACAUCUUGUGUGCCAUGUGUAUACCUUCUGAGCUUCUUGUGACAGCAGAUCUCCUCCCCUGUUUUGCCAGGGUGACGUGUAAUAUCCAUUCAAGUACGGACACUAAGUUGAGGUCUCUCUUUUUUUUAAAUGAAAAAAUAUAUAUUAGUUGACUCGCUGCCUCUCACUUUAAUGUGAUUGCAUAUAUAUAUAUACGUGUACUUUGAGGUUUAGCUUCCUUUUUUCUUUUAUAUUUAUUAGAGUAAUAAUAAUGCUUUAAUUUAAGUCAGUGUAUUGGCGACAUCAGUUUUAAUGUUUAGAAACAUAACUAUUUUGUUUUAGAGAACUGACAAUGUUUUUGCUAUCUUUUAGUGCAAUAAGCCUUUGCAAAGGAGAAAAAUCUGUCCAUUUUUGCUGUGCACAAGCAGCAGCAUUUUGCACCACAAAUAGUGGGAGAAUGGACAUGUUCGUGCACUUAAAAGGACAAAGUUAGCCUUAAUUUUGAAAGGAAAGUCUUGUAAUAGGGAGGAUUCCCUUUUUUAAUGCAUAAAAAGGCAAACCCUUUCAUGCUGCUAGCAGACUACAAGCUUUAAUACUGUCUAGUAAUGCAGGAUUUUUGCUCUGCUGCACCCUGGGGUUGGAGGGCAUGGUUUUCCCCAGCACAGAAGAAAUUCAGGUUUUGAGAUCUGUCCAGAUGACAUUGAGCAAAAGUCUAAAAGGGGGCAUGAAGAUUUUUUAAAAGCAGUUUUUGAUCAUGUAGACUUUCCUUUUGAAACUGAGUGCUUCAUUUCAUUUUACAAAUAAAGCUACAGAGGGCUGGGAUACACUUAAGUGAGAUCACUGAAAUGUGAAUCAGAUGAAUGGGCCUCUUUUCAUUCCACUUCGAAGCUGAAGCAAAGUAUUUUACAAGAUGAUGAAGAUGAGCAUUGAACUCAGUAGCAGGGAUUCAGGGGCGUUUUGCACUUUGUAAACACAUGAACUGCAUUUGUGACUGCUUUUUUUGCACUGGUUUUAUAGUAUAUAUGCAUAGAUAUAUACUGCAGAUGGUUCAUAUGGGCAUUGCUAGUAACCCAGCCCUGCUGAAACAAACAAACCGUUCUCCACAUGAAAACCAUUUCACUGGUUGAAGCAUCUUUCUUAUAUUGUGCUGUCUUCAAAAUGACCCACUAUAUUUGCCAAUUUACUGUAUUUUCAGCUGAAAAAUCUGAGCCCAUUUUGCUCCAACAGGCCUGAACCUUUCCUAUUUCUUCUCUCCUCACCCCACCCCCAUCAGAAAACUUAAGUACUGUGUUUUAUAUGCUUUCUUGUGCAGGCAUAUGCUGCUGUUCAUGGUGUCUCAAAAUGCUUUACUGCACUUGUGAUCUAGUGAAGUUUACUCCCAGAUUCAGCAAAAUGGUACAAUGCACACUUAACCUCUUGGGGGCAAGAAUCAAAGUGCACUUGAAAUAAUUGUGAUGGGGAGCAGCUUGCUUUAGGGGGUUGGGAAGAGGUGUGCACUAAGAUGAAAGGGGAAACUGCUAGAACCAAAAGAGUUCUUAAUGAAUUGAAUUGCAAGUGGCUGUUUUCAUGCUUCAAUCUCUGGAAGUUUCCUAGCUGAGGAUACUUCAUGCACUGUACCUAUGCUUGAAUUCCUAGCAUGAAGUGACUGCGGGGAGUUCAAAACCAGCCUGCUUAGGCCCCAUGAUGUGGCCAAUGGACUCAGACUUCACCUCCUUCGUCCUUCACCCCCCUGCCUAAAGAGAACAUACACCACUUGUUGUCAGGGUAGCCUAGUAAACCUCCCUGGAGCUUGAGGUCAAGUUUAACGGUUCUAAUAUGGGUGCAUCACAACAAAUCUUCACUAAUAUUAAUGUUAAGUUUUUUCUCUUCCAAGGAUUGUCACUUUAAAAGGUUCCAGUGGGAAUUCUUACUCAGUGUUUCACAAUUGCGAUUUUAAAAGUGAGUUGUGGAACAUUGGGACCUCUGCCCCCCCUUUUUAAAGACCUUUUAGCUGUUUAUACCAAGAUGCACUAUAAUAUUUAUUUCCUGACCUGUCCCUAGAAUGGUGGCUCUAAAGCCUCCUUUGCUGCAGCCAUCACCUUCAUCCUUCCAAAGUGAAAAUGAUUUAGAGCCCAACAGAGAAGCACCUUUAAAAUACUUGUACACAGUGCUAGUGUGAUUGAUUUUCAUGUGGAGAGGAGAUGGUAACUUAAAAACAAACCGGAAUAUAUUUUAAUUUUGAAACUGUCUUUGUCAAGUGCCGAUAAAAUUUGUAAUACACUGGCCUGGUUCACACCUAAAUGCUAAGCCAUGGUUUGAUUAACAAACCACAAGUUAACCACCGGUUGUCUCAUAGACGAUCAACAAACCAUAACUUGUUUCUUCAAAGUUGCUUUGGGUUUUCCAGCUGCUCUUGGUUUGUGCCUAUGUAGCUUGGUGAGAGGGUGGGGUGGCCAAAGAAAUGUUUAAGGAAGGGUGAAGGGUUUGGGUGUAACAACAAGCCAUAGUUAAAACAAACGAAGGUUUGUAAGCCAACAAAAAAAAUCGUGACUUCAGGUUGUGGUUAGGCACUAAACAAACUGUAGUUGGGUUGAUGGCAGGGUUUGGAGGCUCAAACAACAAACUAUGGGUUAAUAAACAAUGACUUAGUAUUAUCUGCGAGCCAGGCCAAUAUCAAUGUACUGGCAUUGAAGGCCACCUGUACUACAGUACUGUAGCUGCUAUAUUUAUUUAAAUGGAGGUGGGCAAUUACUGCACUAAGGAAAAAGGGCAGGUGAACAGGAAUCCAAUUUAAGAAGUAGUAUUCUGAUUUUUGUUGUUUCAAAAGCAAUUUUAACAGUGUGAUAUAACAAAGGGUGCUGUCUUAACCAAGAUUAUAAAAUAGCCAGAUAUUCUUCCUUUGUUUUGAAAGACUUAAGAUAUAUUUUGAUGUUUGCAGUGGAUGGGUGGAGGUGGGGAUGGGAGGAAAUAAAUGGUACCUCAUCUGUGGUGGCAGUUUCCAGUAUAUUUUUCACAAGAUUAUAUGGACUUUUAUUUUUGUACAUGCUCUCUGUUUUUGUUUUCUAAAAAAGCUUUCUUGAAUUUUAAUGUGCUUUCAUGAAAAUUUCUGCCUGUGCAGCCGAGACAGCUGUCUGUUCAGCCUAUAUAGGUACAAAAGUGUAGGUUUAAUGUUUUUUUGCACCCAGCUUGGCCUUGUUCUUCGUUCAGUAUGCGUAUUCCUGCCUAGAAUGGUUGCUGAAACUCCCCCCACCCCGGUUGUCCUAUUUCUCACUUGUAUUUGCAAGAGCCACUGUCCUCUCUCCAUCACCACUCCAUACCUGAGAGUUGCUUGGUGCUGAGUUCUGUCCACCAUGAAAACACAGUGCAUUGUUCUCCAUAUGUUUUGAACUACAACUUCCAUCAGCUUCAGGCUGAAUAAAGCUGAGCUAACAGAAUGUGCCCCUCUGUAGGUAGGGACUUUUCUUUUGUGCCAUUGGGCUUGCUCUCUGUCAGGUACAAUUCCCAUUAAUUUCAGCAAGUCGGUAGUGCUAGGGAUGGAUUUUCAAAGGCAGAAUUGACGACUUUUGGGCAACCCUAGUAGUACAAAGCAUUAGAGUCCUACUGGCCAAGCUUCGUCAUCUAAGCAACAGCUGCUAAGAGGGGCAUUAUUAAAAGACAUCAGACCGAAAGGUUCAUUCUGUGGGGUCUUUCACACACACGUGUGUGUGAGACUGUGUUAGAAUGUAAAGAUCUCAGGAGUGUUAGAUGAAAAAUGUUAAAAUAAUGGCAAGGGUGCUUCCCAAAGCUUCCUUUGGGAUAUUUCUGCAAGACUGAAAGUCUAUCUGCUUGUAGAUAUCCUUUGACUCUGUGUGUUCCCCUAUGCAAAUUAUUGUGACUUAUUAACCACCCAUGUAACCUUCCUGUUGUAUAGCUUUUCUGCUAGCUGUUUUUGAUGAUGGCAACACCCUGAAUAUGUCAGAUUUUCCCACUUGGUAGGUAAGUGAUUCAUUGAAUGGAUUUUUAGUGCUAUGAACUGAUAGAACAAUUACCUUUUCAACUGGAAGAGUUGUUUGUGUGUCUGCAAAGUGGGAGCAGGACAUAUCUUUUUAAUCAACUUCCACUUCCCAUCCUUUUCACUUGAGGGCAGCUUGUCCAUGCAUAUUGAGCUUGUGGUGAAUGGAACCUCAAGCAUUGUCUGGCAUAUAUAAAAUGGCCAUCAUAUUUAUAAAUGCUUGGAUUUCACUAUGAUGAGAGACAAAGCUGUUAGAUGCCAGACCCUCCUUUAUGACUUGCCAGUUGAUUCUCUGUAACCUUGACUUUGCUGAUAAAGAGGUUAUGACUAAGUAACCACUGGGGAAUGAGGAACAAAAACCCUGGAGUGGGAACUGGAGAACAGUUUGAAAAAUUAAACUGAAGGAUUGACUCUGCAGGAGGUAAAAUGUUGAAAGACGAGAAUCAUGUCUAGCAUCUUUCAGUCCCAUUUCCAUAUUAAAAUUGUGUCUGAAUUAUCUCUGGCAGGUAUGUAACUAUAAAGACCUAUUUAAAAAUGAAGUAGCUCUGCCAUCUGAAACUUGGAGGGUUUUAUUCAUUCAAAGCAAGACAGUCCUCAAAGUGCCUUUUUAGAAGAUGGUGCUGUAGAUUUUUCUUUCUUUCUGAAGUUGUAUAUUGCUGGGUGAUGGGGGGAUAGAAGCAUUUAGUGAAAACACGCCAAGUUCUUGAUGAUACCACUUGUAGUGUUGAGUACUAUGUAGUACCCCACCCCAAAAUAAUCAGGACCAAGAUAAGAGUGGACCAUACUAUAUUUGGGGGAAAUAAUGGUACUGAUAACUUGAUUAAAAUCCACUGUGUGGAUCUAAGACACUUUAGGGUUUUUAGGGCAAGUAGCCCAGGACACUUGUAAGCACUAAAUGUUUAUUCAGAGGCCACAGACUAUGAAAUUGUGGUAAGCAGCAUGUGCCCCUGAAGCUAUAUGUGUAUCUUUAAAGUUGUUAAAAUUCUGAAAAUCCCAGCUUUAACUGUAGACCUUUUGUAAAAAGCAGGACCCUAGUCCUCAUGGUUGCAAUGGCAAAUGUUGAUGGCAAAAAUUUGCAGCAUGGCCUUUUGGUGCUGAGCAAGUCUGCUGCCCUGAAAUAAAAAAAAAAACUUUUUAAAAGAAAAGUGCUGUACAGCCAGUCUUGUCUUUAAGCUUUUUAUCAGUCAGGAAAAAACUAAUAAACACUGCACCUCUGUAGCAGCAAAAUGCUGUAAAAGUAAUAAUAACAAAGUUGUAGUGAUUACACUGUAAAACUACUUGCACACACCUGCAAAAAAAUCCAGUUAUGGUCUUAAUGGUACCAAUAGAAUAUUUUUCAAGGAAGAUUUGUGUCCCUUUGUGGUUAGAAUAUUGGUCACCUCUGUAGUUUAUGUGCCAUCAUCUCUUUUUCCUGACUAUUGGCUGCCAUUUUUAUGGAAGAGUUUAUCAGGCUUUGUCUUUACAAUAAUGUUCUUGCUAUAACUUUGCAAUCCAGGGUUUCAGGGGAACUGCGAGGGCAAAGGAUAAUCUCAUCCAAACCUACUUUCAUAUCCGUCUUCGGCAUCCUGGAACUCUCAGUGCAAUGCUGGAUUGUAGAGGAGGCCAGUUGUUCAUUUGAACAAUAGUCUAAUGCUUUGGCAC